AGCACAAAGACUAUACUAUUGUAUAGCAACAUAAUCAUCAAAUAGAUCGAUCUGUAAUAGUCCAUAACCAUGAGAAAAUGCAACUGACAGAGCAGUGGAUAUCGUGUACCUUGCUGCUGACCUUAGCAGCAGCACUGCUGACAGGAGGGGCAAAAGGAUCAGCUCAACUGUAUGAUUUUGGGAUUAUGGCCUCUGAUGGCCAAUUGAACAAUGCAGACGAUCUCUACAUGCAAGUGAAUCUCACAGACUCAUUAACCUAUCUGGGAGGUGCAGAGAAAGAGAUUUUUAUCGGUAUAAAUGGCAUGUUGCUGUUUAACGAUCCAAAUCAAGGCAUGGUCGCUCCGUUCUUUGCAGACAUUGACACAAGAGGAACAGGAAAUGUGUAUUAUCGAGUAUCUACCAAUGUCAGUAUUCUGGCGUCUGUUGGAGAGAGAAUUCAGAGAGCAUUUGACGAUGUGGUCUCCUUUCACCCGAAAUCAGUGUUUGUGGGGACCUGGGAUCGAGUUGGCAGCUAUGACAGAGGAACAGAUAAGGUCAACACCUUCCAAGUCGUCAUUGCGACAGACUCCUUGUCGUCAUAUGUGAUCUUUCUGUACUCUGACCUCCAAUGGUACAUCCCUAUCACGUCAUCUGGAAGUGGAUCUGGCAUAGCGUUGACCAGCAGUGGCGGCAGCGGCAGUGGUAUGCCUGUUCUGAUGCCAGCCUUUAGCGGAUUCCAGAAACAAAGUGGAGCCCUGGCGUACACAUUACCAGGAUCUGGCACAGAGCAGAUACUGUUGCUAAGCAACACCAGUAACGUUGGAGAGCUUGGCAUCUGGGUAUUCAGAGUCGACAGUGAGAUACAACCAGGAGACUUGAAUGAAUGUCUCACCAACAAUGGAGGCUGUGAACAGAACUGUAUCAACACCGAGGGAAAGUUUAGCUGCUCCUGUAACACUGGCUAUAAAUUGGACCGCAAUAAAAUCAACUGUACAGACAUCAACGAGUGUGAAGAUGGCACUCACAACUGUGGCCGCAAUGCCCUCUGUACUGACAAUGUUGGGAGCUUUGCCUGCACUUGUAUGUUUGGCUACACUGGGACAGGAGAGCAAUGCGACUGCGCUGAUGGACAGGUCCGGCUGAUGAAUGGAAGUGAGCCCAGUGAGAGUCAGAGAAUGGGAAGAGUUGAGAUCUGCUACAACAACACCUAUGGCAGUGUGUGUGACGACUUCUUCAAUGAGAAUGCUGCAGCCGUUGUCUGCAAUGGAACUGGCUCUCCGGUUCGUGGCAUUGACAGUACAUUUGGUGCUGGUUCUGGUCCCAUCACUCUGGACAAUGUGGUGUGUGCUGGCACUGAGGACAACCUCUUGAGCUGCUCCCAUAACCAGAUAUUCCAGCACAACUGCGACCACUCUGAAGAUGUGGCUGUCGUCUGUGAUAUCUCGUGUAUUGAUGGCAGUACUAGACUGAGAAACUCUGAUGCUGUUUCAGAGAGCACCCUUCCAGAAUACAACCUCAUCAAAGAGCAGGUGUCUCGUGGUGUGGUGGAGUUGUGUGUGAACGGUGCCUUUAGCAGCCUCUGUGACAGUGGGUGGGACAAUCAGGACGCCUCAGUGGUCUGCAGACAACUGGGCUUCUCUCCACAUGGAGCCAUUCGUCUUGAUGGCUACUCAUUUAGAGUUGCUUCUUCAGUUAUGAAGAACGGUAGUUAUGAUUGUAUCGGAACUGAGAGUGAGCUGAGUAGUUGUGCUUAUCAGCCGGCUGCUACUUGUCGUCAGCGUGAAGGAGCUGCAGUAGUGUGUCAGGACAAAACAAUCACUGUUUUCAACAAUUGCACUGAUUGGGAGAUACGACUAAUCGGUGGAGCUAAUGCCACUCUCGGAGCUGUUCAACUCUGUAUGAACAAUGCCUGGGGCUCAGUGUGUAAUAACAGAUUUAGUACCAAUGAUGCCUAUGUGGUGUGCAGACAGCUCGGCUUCCCCGUCACUGGGGCUGAGGCCUUCAGUGAUGCCAGUACCAGGUUCAAUAUAUCCAAAGGACCGGUGUUCCUAGACACGAUUUUCUGCAGCGGUUCAGAGAGCAGCGUGACAACCUGUAGACAUCCGAAAACUCCUGGCCUUUCAGAGUGCACUGCCACUGAAAUUGCUGGAGUUCAGUGUGUUGAUGUGGACCAAUGUCUGACUAACAAUGGAGGGUGUUCCCACACAUGCACCAAUGAGCUGCCUGGAUUCACUUGUAGCUGUAGAACAGGCUACAAUCUGGACAUGGACAACAAAGGUUGUGUCGAUAUUGACGAGUGUGCAAGCAGUCCCUGUGGAGACAUCUGUGUCAACACUAAUGGCAGUUUUCAUUGCCUCUGUACCUCCAACACUACUCUGGACGCUGAUGGUCGAAGUUGCAUAUCUGGUGACUGCUCCACUGGAGAUAUUCGUCUCAUGAACGUCACUGACACUGCAACGUCCAGGGCAGGACGUUUGGAGGUUUGCAUCAACAAUGCCUGGGGAACAGUCUGUGAUGACCGAUUCGACUCUCUUGAUGCAACUGUGGCUUGUACUCAACUAGAAGGAUUCAACUCAUCUGAUGCUGAGUUUCUUCCAAGAGGAAGCCAUGAACAAGGGUCUGGAUGGAUUUUUCUCUCUAACUUGUUAUGCAACGGCAACGAGUCCAGCUUGCUGGACUGUCGGACCCAACUUUCUGGUACCUUUUCCUGUAGACACUCACAGGAUGUGGCAAUUGAAUGCACUGACAUUGAUGAGUGUGCUCGGGACAAUGGACGAUGCAACCAGACCUGUACCAACUCUAUCGGGAGCUACCAGUGCAGUUGCCAGAGUGGCUAUCUACUCAACCAGGAUGGGAGAGGCUGUGAUAAUGUGAAUGAGUGCAGUAUUCAGAAUGGUGGUUGUGAUCAUCUGUGUACUGAUUUUACUGGAGGAUACAUAUGCUCUUGUUUCAAGGGUUUCUUUUUAAUUAAUGGACACAAUUGUACUGAUAUUAAUGAGUGCCAGACUGAAAAUGGAGGAUGUGAACACACCUGUACCAACACUAAGGGCAACUUUAGCUGCUCCUGUAACAUUGGCUAUGAAUUGGACAUCAGUGGAUUUAACUGCUCUGAUGUCAAUGAGUGCUUCAUCAACAAUGGAAGAUGUGAACAUUCUUGCACCAACACUGACGGAAAUUUCAGCUGUUCUUGUAAAACUGGAUAUAGCUUGGAAGGCAAUGGAUUUAACUGUACAGAUAGUGAUGAGUGUGCUACCAACAAUGGUGGCUGUGAGCAUGACUGUGACAACACUGAUGGAAGCUUCUUCUGUUCCUGUGACUCUGGAUAUCAACUAGACAACAACUCUCUGAACUGCUCAGACAUUAAUGAGUGCCAGACUGACAAUGGAGACUGUGAACACACCUGUACCAACACUGAUGGAAACGCUAGCUGCUCUUGUAAUACUGGCUAUGAACUGGAUAGCAAUGGAUUCAACUGCUUAGAUGUCGACGAAUGCCUCUCUGGUAACGGAGGAUGUGAACAUAUUUGUAGGAAUACUGUUGGGAAUUUUAGCUGCUCCUGUAAACUUGGAUACAGCCUGGAAAGUAAUUUGAUGAGCUGCUCAGACGUGAAUGAAUGCACAAACAAAAAUGGAGGCUGUGAGCAUACAUGCACUAACGCUAACGGCAGCUUCUCUUGCUCAUGUGAUACUGGAUAUCAGUUGGACCGCAACUCAUUCAAUUGCUCUGACGUCAACGAGUGCUUGACUGAUAAUGGAUACUGUGAACACUCCUGUACCAACACUGAGGGGAACUUUACCUGCUCCUGUAACACUGGAAAUGAACUGAACAGCAAUGGAUUCAAUUGCUCAGAUAUUGACGAGUGUGCUCGCAAUGCAUCUGAUUGUAUGCCCAACUCUAUCUGCGUCAACACUGAUGGUAAUUACACCUGCCCCUGUAAUAACGGAUUUGCUGGGGACGGCUUCAGUGGCUGUGAAAACAUCAACGAGUGUGAAAACGGCACUCACAACUGUGACCACAAUGCCUUCUGUACUGACAAUGUUGGGAGUUUUGCCUGCACUUGUGUGUUUGGCUACACUGGGACAGGAGAGCAAUGCGACUGUACUGAUGGACAGGUGCGACUGAUGAAUGGAAGUGAGCCCAGUGAGGGUCAGAGAAUGGGAAGAGUUGAGAUCUGCUACAACAACACCUAUGGCAGUGUAUGUGACGACUUCUUCAAUGAGAAUGCUGCAGCUGUUGUCUGCAAUGGAACUGCUUCUCCAGUUCGUGGCAUUGACAGUACAUUUAGUGCUGGUUCCGGUUCGAUAAUUCUGGACAACGUGGUGUGUGCUGGUACUGAAGACGACCUCUUGAACUGCUCCCAUAACCACAUAUUCCAGCACAACUGCGACCACUCUGAAGAUGUGGCUGUCGUCUGUGAUGUCACGUGCAUUGACGGCAGUAUUAGACUGAGAAACCCUGAUGCUGUCUCAGAGAGCACCCUUCCUAAGUACAACCUCAUCAAGGAGCAGGUGUCUCGUGGUGUGGUGGAGUUGUGUGUGAACGGUACCUUUGGCAGCCUCUGUGACAGUGGGUGGGACAAUCAGGACGCCUCUGUGGUCUGCAGACAACUGGGCUUCUCCCCACAUGGAGCCAUUCAUCUUGACGGCCAUAUAUAUACUGGAUAUGCUUUUUCAAGUGUGAAAGACGGUAGUUAUGGUUGUGUCGGUACUGAAAGUGAGCUGAGAAGUUGUGCUUAUCAGCCGGCUGCUACUUGUGGUGGGCUUGAAGGAGCUGCCGUAGUGUGUCAGGACAAAUCGAUCGCUGCUUUCAACAAUUGCACUGAUGGUGAGGUACGACUAAUGGGUGGAACUAAUGCUACUCUCGGAGCUAUUCGAUUCUGCAUGAACAAUGCCUGGGGCUCAGUGUGCAAUAAUGGAUUUAGUGCUAACGAUGCCACUGUAGUGUGCAGACAGCUUGGUUUCCCCGUCACUGGGGCUGAGGCCUUCAGAGAUGCCAGUACCAGGUUCAAUAUCUCAACAGCACCUGUGUUCCUAGACCGCGUCGACUGUACUGGGUCAGAGAGUAGCGUGAUGAACUGUAGGCAGACCACUCCUGGCCUGUCAGAGUGCACUGCCACUGAAAUUGCUGGAGUACUGUGUGUUGAUGUGGACCAAUGUCUGACCAACAAUGGAGGGUGUUCCCACACAUGCACCAAUGAGCUUCCUGGAUUCACAUGUAGCUGUAAAACAGGCUAUAAUCUAGACACUGACAACAAGAGCUGUGUCGAUAUUAACGAAUGUUCAAGUAGUCCCUGCAGAGACAUCUGUGUCAACACUAAUGGCAGUUUUCAUUGCCUCUGUACCUCCAACACUACUCUGGACACUGACGGUCGAAGUUGCAUAUCAUGUCGAGAUGGAGAUGUUCGGCUUGUGAAUGGUUCUGUUCCGUCUGAGGGAAGAGUGGAGGUGUGCAGAGGUGUAAUGUUUGGUACCGUCUGUGAUGACUUCUGGGAUGAGCUGGAUGCCAGGGUCGUCUGUACACAACUCGGAUACUCUGCAUCAGGAUCCAUUGCUGUGUCUGGUGGGGGGUUUGGUCAAGGCAAGGACGUUAUUCUUCUUGACGACCUUAAGUGCAGUGGAAAUGAACCGACUCUGUUGAACUGUUCGUACAGUCAGACCCACAAUUGUGACCACUCUGAGGAUGCAGGAGUCAGGUGUCAAUCCAUGUGUAGUCAUGGUGAAGUGCGACUGGUAGUGGGAGAAGAUGUUGACUCUUUCUACGAGGGUCUCACUGACUACAAUGAUGCUUACUAUGACAAGGACGGACUGAAAAGUGGCAGAGUGGAGGUAUGUGUCUCUGGAAAGUACGGCUCAGUCUGCCACAAUCCUUGGACGGAAAUGGAUGCCUCUGUCGUCUGCAAGCAGCUAGGCUUCUCAGGAUAUGGUGCUAUCAAUUUGAAUGCUGAUAUUUUUGCUGAGGGUGAAACACCUCGUCUGGUUUCGAUGGUAAACUGUACUGGAAUCGAGGCCUCACUUCUCGAUUGUAUGGGUGUGGUCACUGGCUCUGGCACUGGCUUCACUUGCCCAACCUCUGGAGUUAUCUGUCAAGUUUCAGGCACAGCAGCUGGUGACUGUUCCACUGGAGAUAUUCGUCUCAUGAACGUCACUGACAGUGCAACAACCAGGGCAGGACGUUUGGAGGUGUGCAUCAACAAUGCUUGGGGAACAGUCUGUGAUGACCGAUUUGACUCCAUUGAUGCAACUGUGGCUUGUACUCAACUGAAAGGAUUCAACUCAUCUGAUGCCAAAUUUCUUCUAAGAGGAAGCCAUGAACAAGGGUCUGGAUCGAUCUUUCUAUCUAACUUGUUAUGCAACGGCGACGAGUCUAGCUUGCUGAAUUGUGUCACUACUAGGAACCAACCACCUGGUACCUUCUCCUGUCAACACUCACAGGAUGUGGCCAUUGAAUGCACAGACAUUGAUGAGUGUGCUGAGAAAAACGGAGGAUGCAACCAGACCUGUACCAACUCUAUCGGGAGCUACCAGUGUAGUUGCCAGAGUGGCUAUCUACUCAACCAGAAUGGGAGAGGCUGCGAUAAUGUGAAUGAGUGCAGUUUUCAGAAUGGUUAUUGUGAGCAUCUGUGUACUGAUUUUACUGGAGGACACAUAUGCUCUUGUUUCAAUGGUUUCCUCUUAACUGAUGUACACAACUGUACUGACAUGAAUGAGUGCUUGACUGAAAAUGGAGGUUGUGAACAUACCUGUACCAACACUGAGGGCAACUUUAGCUGCUCCUGUAACACUGGCUAUGAACUGGACAGCAAUGGAUUUAACUGCUCUGAUGUCAAUGAGUGCUUCAUCAACAAUGGAAGAUGUGAACAUUCUUGUACCAACACUGAGGGCAAUUUCAGCUGUUCUUGUAAAACUGGAUAUAGCUUGGACGGCAAUGGAUUUAACUGUACAGAAAUUGAUGAGUGUGCUAUAAAGAAUGGUGGCUGUGAGUAUGGCUGUGACAACACUGAUGGAAGCUUCUUCUGUUCCUGUGACUCUGGAUAUCAACUAGACAACAACUCUCUGAACUGCUCAGACAUCAAUGAGUGCUUGAUUGACAAUGGAGACUGUAAACACACUUGUACCAACAUUGAGGGAAACUUUAGCUGCUCUUGUAACACUGGCUAUGAACUGGAUAGCAAUGGAUUCAACUGCUCAGAAAUCGAUGAGUGCCUCUCUGGUAAUGGAGGAUGUGAACAUCUCUGUACAAAUACUGUUGGGAACUUCAGCUGCUCAUGUAAUAUUGGAUUCAGCCUGGACAGUAAUUUGAUGAACUGCUCAGACAUAAAUGAGUGCAACAAAACCAACAAUGGACGCUGUGCACAUAUCUGUAUUAACAAUGACGGCAGCUUCUCUUGCUCAUGUGACACUGGAUAUCAGUUGGACCACAACUCAUUCAAUUGCUCUGACAUUAACGAGUGCUUAACUGAUAAUGGUGAUUGUGAACACUCCUGUACUAACACUGAGGGCAACUUUAGCUGCUCCUGUAACACUGGCUAUGAACUUGACAGCAAUGGAUUCAAUUGCUCAGAUGUUGACGAGUGUGCUGGCAAUGCGUCUCAAUGUAUGUCCAAUUCUACGUGUGCCAACGUUGAAGGUAAUUACACCUGCCCCUGUAAUAAUGGCUUUGUUGGAGAUGGCUUCAACGGUUGUGAAAACAUCAACGAGUGUAUAGAUGUCACUCACAACUGUGACCGCAAUGCCCUCUGUACUGACAAUGUUGGGAGCUUUGCCUGCACGUGUGUGUUUGGCUACACUGGGACAGGAGAGCAAUGCAACUGCACUGAUGGACAGGUCCGGCUGAUGAAUGGAAGUAAGCCCAGUGAGGGUCAGAGAAUGGGAAGAGUUGAGAUCUGCUACAACAACACCUAUGGCAGUGUAUGUGACGACUUCUUCAAUGAGAAUGCUGCAGCUGUUGUCUGCAAUGGAACUGGUUCUCCGGUUCGUGGUAUUGACAGUACAUUUGGUGCUGGUUCCGGUCCCAUCGCUCUGGACAAUGUGGUGUGUGCUGGCACUGAGGACAACCUCUUGAGCUGCUCUCAUAACCAGAUAUUCCAACAUAACUGCGACCACUCUGAAGAUGUGGCUGUCGUCUGUGAUGUCCCGUGCUUUGACGGCAGUAUUAGACUGAGAAACCCUAAUGCUGUCUCAGAAAGCACCCUUCCUAAAUACGACCUCAUCAAAGAGCAAGUGUCUCGUGGUGUGGUAGAGUUGUGUGUGAAUGGUACCUUUGGCAGCCUCUGUGACAGUGGGUGGGACAAUCAGGACGCCUCUGUGGUCUGCAGACAGCUUGCCUUCUCCCCACAUGGAACCAUUCAUCUUGACGGCCAUAUAUUUACUGGAUAUGCUUCUUCAAGUGUGAAAGACGGUAGUUAUGGUUGUGUCGGAACUGAGAGUGAGCUGAGAAGUUGUGCUUAUCAGCCGGCUGCUACUUGUGGUGGGCUUAAAGGAGCUGCUGUAGUGUGUCAGGACAAAUUGACCACUAUUUUCAACAAUUGCACUGAUUGGGAGAUACGACUAUUGGGAGGAGGGAACACCACUCUCGGAGCUGUUCAAGUCUGCAUGAACAAUGCCUGGGGCUCAGUGUGCAAUGACGGAUUUAGUACCAACGAUGCAACUGUGAUGUGCAGACAGCUUGGUUUCCCCGUCACUGGGGCUGAAGCCUUCAGAGAUGCCAGUACCAGGUUCAAUAUCUCAACAGGACCUGUGUUCCUAGACAGGGUCGACUGUACAGGGUCAGAGAGCAGCGUGAUGAACUGUAGGCAGACCACUCCUGGCCUGUCUGAGUGCACUGCCACUGAGAUUGCUGGAGUACUGUGUGUUGAUAUGGACCAGUGUCUGACCAACAAUGGAGGGUGUUCCCACACGUGCACCAAUGAGCUUCCUGGGUUCACAUGUAGCUGUAGAACAGGCUUCACUCUGGACACUGACAACAAGGGCUGUCACGAUAUUGACGAGUGUGCAAGCAAUCCCUGUGGAGAUAUCUGUGUCAACACUAUUGGCAGUUUUCAUUGCCUCUGUACCUCCAAUACUACUCUGGACACUGACGGUCGAAGUUGCAUAUCAUGUAGAGAUGGAGAUGUUCGGCUGGUGAAUGGUUCCGUUCCGUCUGAGGGAAGAGUGGAGGUGUGCAGAAAUGUAAUGUUUGGUACCGUCUGUGAUGAUUUCUGGGAUGAGCUAGAUGCCAGAGUCGUCUGUACACAACUUGGAUACUCUGCAUCAGGAUCCAUUGCUGUGUCUGGUGGUGGGUUUGGCCAAGGCAGGGACACUAUUCUUCUUGACAACCUAAAGUGCAGUGGAAAUGAGCAGACUUUGUUGAACUGUUCGUAUAGUCAGACCCACAAUUGUGACCAUUCUGAAGAUGCAGGAGUCAGGUGUCAAUCCAUGUGUAGUCAUGGAGAAGUGCGACUGAUAGUGGGAGAAGAUGUGGACUCUUUCUACGAGGGUCUCACUGACUACAAUGAUGCCUACUAUGACAAAGACGGGCUGACAAGUGGCAGAGUGGAGGUGUGUGUCUCUGGAAGGUACGGCUCAGUCUGCCACAAUCCUUGGACGGAAAUGGGAGCCUCUGUCGUCUGCAAGCAGCUAGGCUUCUCAAAAUAUGGUGCUAUCAAUGUAAAUGCUGAUAUUUUUUCCGAGGGUGAAACACCUCGUCUGGUCUCAAUAGCCAACUGUACUGGAACUGAGGCCUCACUUCUCGACUGUAAGGGUGUAGUCACCGGCUCUGGCACUGGCUUCACUUGCCCAACCUCUGGAGUUAUCUGUCAAGUUUCAGGCACAGCAGCUGGUGACUGCUCCACUGGAGAUAUUCGUCUCAUGAACGUCACUGACACUGCAACGUCCAGGGCAGGACGUUUGGAGGUGUGCAUCAACAAUGCUUGGGGAACAGUCUGUGAUGGGCAAUUCAAUUCCAUUGAUGCAACUGUGGCCUGUACUCAACUGAAAGGAUUCAACUCAUCUGAUGCCAAAUUUCUUCCAAGAGGAAGCCAUGAACAAGGGUCUGGAUCGAUCUUUUUAUCUAACUUGUUAUGUAAUGGCGACGAGUCUAGCUUGCUGGAUUGUGUCACCACCCGGAACCAACCUCCUGGUACCUUCUCCUGUCAACACUCACAGGAUGUGGCCAUUGAAUGCACAGACAUUGAUGAGUGUGCUGAGAAAAACGGAGGAUGCAACCAGACCUGUACCAACUCUAUCGGGAGCUACCAGUGUAGUUGCCAGAGUGGCUAUCUACUCAACCAGGAUGGAAGAGGCUGCGACAAUGUGAAUGAGUGCAGCUUUAUGAAUGGUUAUUGCGAGCAUCUGUGUACUGAUAUUACCGGAGGACACAUAUGCUCUUGUUUCAAUGGUUUCCUCGUAACUAAUAGACACAACUGUACUGACAUGAAUGAGUGCCUGACUGACAAUGGAUACUGUGAACACACCUGUACCAAUACUGAGGGAAACUUUAGCUGCUCCUGUAACAUUGGCUAUGAACUGGACAGCAAUGGAUUUAACUGUUCUGAUGUCAAUGAGUGCUUCAUCAACAAUGGAAGAUGUGAACAUUCUUGUACCAACACUGAGGGCAAUUUCAGCUGUUCUUGUAAAACUGGAUAUAGCUUGGACGGCAAUGGAUUUAACUGUACAGAAAUUGAUGAGUGUGCUACCAACAAUGGUGGCUGUGAGCAUAACUGUGACAACACUGAUGGAAGCUUCUUCUGUUCCUGUGACUCUGGAUAUCAACUAGACAACAGCUCUCUGAACUGCUCAGACAUCAAUGAGUGCUUGAUUGACAAUGGAGACUGUAAACACACUUGUAUCAACAUUGAGGGCAACUUUAGCUGCUCUUGUAACACUGGCUAUGAACUGGAUAGCAAUGGAUUCAACUGCUCAGAAAUCGAUGAGUGCCUCUCUGGUAAUGGAGGAUGUGAACACAUCUGUACAAAUACUGUUGGGAACUUCAGCUGCUCAUGUAACAUUGGAUACAGCCUGGACAGUGAUUUGAUGAACUGCUCAGACAUAAAUGAGUGCAACAACACCAACAAUGGAGGCUGUGCACAUACCUGCACUAACAAUGACGGCAGCUUCUCUUGCUCAUGUGAUACUGGAUAUCAGUUGGACCACAACUCAUUCAAUUGCUCUGACAUUAACGAGUGCUUGACUGAUAAUGGUGAUUGUGAACACACCUGCACCAACACUGAGGGCAACUUUAGCUGCUCCUGUAACACUGGCUAUGAACUUGACAGCAAUGGAUUCAAUUGUUCAGAUGUUGACGAGUGUGCUGGCAAUGCGUCUCAAUGUAUGUCCAAUUCUACGUGUGCCAACGUUGAAGGUAAUUACACCUGCCCCUGUAAUAAUGGCUUUGCUGGAGAUGGGUUCAACGGUUGUGAAAACAUCAACGAGUGUGAAGAUGUCACUCACAACUGUGACCGCAAUGCCCUCUGUACUGACAAUGUUGGGAGCUUUGCCUGCACGUGUGUGUUUGGCUACACUGGGACAGGAGAGCAAUGCGACUGCACUGAUGGACAGGUCCGACUGAUGAAUGGAAGUGAGCCCAGUGAGGGUCAGAGAAUGGGAAGAGUUGAGAUCUGCUACAACAACACCUAUGGCAGUGUAUGUGAUGACUUUUUCAAUAAGAAUGCUGUAGCCGUUGUCUGCAAUGGAACUGGUUCUCCGGUUCGUGGCAUUGACAGUACAUUUGGUGCUGGUUCUGGUCCUAUCACUCUGGACAAUGUGGUGUGUGCUGGCACUGAGGACAAUCUCUUGAGCUGCUCCCGCAACCAGAUAUUCCAACACAACUGCGACCACUCUGAAGAUGUGGCUGUCGUCUGUGAUGUCUCAUGCAUUGACGGCAGUAUUAGACUGAGAAACCCUGAUGCUGUCUCAGAGAGCACCCUUCCUAAAUACAACCUCAUCAAAGAGCAGGUGUCUCGUGGUGUGGUGGAGUUGUGUGUGAAUGGUACCUUUGGCAGCCUCUGUGACAGUGGGUGGGACAAUCAGGACGCCUCUGUGGUCUGUAGGCAGCUGGGCUUCUCCCCACAUGGAGCCAUUCAUCUUGACGGCCACUUAUUCACUGGAUUUGCUUCUUCAAGUGUGAAAGACGGUAGUUAUGGUUGUGUCGGAAUUGAAAGUGAACUGAGAAGUUGUGCUUAUCAGCCGGCUGCUACUUGUGGUGGGCUUGAAGGAGCUGCAGUAGUGUGUCAGGAUAAAUUGACCACUGUUUUCAACAAUUGCACUGACGGAAAGAUACGGCUAAUGGGAGGAGCGAACGCCACUCUUGGAGCUGUUCAAGUCUGCUUGAACAAUGCCUGGGGCUCAGUGUGCAAUGACAGAUUUAGUACCAAUGAUGCCACUAUUGUGUGCAGACAGCUUGGUUUCCCCGUCACUGGGGCUGAGGCCUUCAGUGAUGCCAGUACCAGGUUCAAUAUCUCAACAGGACCUGUGUUCCUAGACAGGGUCGACUGUACAGGGUCAGAGAGCAGUGCGAUGGACUGUAGACAGACCACUCCUGGCCUGUCAGAGUGCACCGCCACUGAGAUUGCUGGAGUACUGUGUGUUGAUAUGGACCAGUGUCUGACCAACAAUGGAGGGUGUGCCCACACAUGCACCAAUGAGCUUCCUGGAUUCACCUGUAGCUGUAGAACAGGCUUUACUCUGGACACUGACAACAAGGGCUGUGACGAUAUUAACGAGUGUGCAAGUAGUCCCUGUGGAGACAUCUGUGUCAACACUAAUGGCAGUUUUCAUUGCCUCUGUACCUCCAAUACUACUCUGGACACUGACGGUCGAAGUUGCAUAUCCUGUCGAGAUGGAGAUGUUCGACUGGUCAAUGGUUCCGUUCCGUCUGAGGGAAGAGUGGAGGUGUGCAGAGGUGUAAUGUUUGGUACCAUCUGUGAUGACUUCUGGGAUGAGCUUGACGCCCGGGUCGUCUGUACACAACUCGGAUACUCUGCAUCAGGAUCCAUUGCUGUGUCUGGUGGUGGGUUUGGCCAAGGCAGGGACACUAUUCUUCUUGACAACCUGAAGUGCAGUGGAAAUGAGCAGACUUUGUUGAACUGUUCGUAUAGUCAGACCCACAAUUGUGACCACUCUGAAGAUGCUGGAGUCAGGUGUCAAUCCAUGUGUAGUCAUGGUGAAGUGCGACUGGUAGUGGGAGAGGAUGUGGACUCUUUCUACGAGGGUAUCACUGACUACAAUGAUGCCUACUAUGACAAGGAUGGAUUGAAGAGUGGCAGAGUGGAGGUGUGUGUCUCCGGGAGAUACGGCUCAGUCUGCCACAAUCCUUGGACGGAAAUGGAUGCCUCUGUCGUCUGCAAGCAGCUAGGCUUCUCAAAAUAUGGUGCUAUCAAUGUAAAUGCUGAUAUUUUUUCCGAGGGAGAAAUACCUCGUCUGGUUUCAAUGGCCAACUGUACUGGAACUGAGGCCUCAAUUCUCGACUGUAUGGGUGUGAUCACUGGCUCUGGCACUGGCUUCACUUGCCCCACCUCCGGAGUUAUCUGUCAAGCUUCAAGCACAGUAGCUGGUGACUGCUCUACUGGAGAUAUUCGUCUCAUGAACGUCACUGACACUGCAAUGACCAGAGCAGGACGUUUGGAGGUGUGCAUCAACAAUGCCUGGGGAACAGUCUGUGAUGGGCAAUUCAAUUCCAUUGAUGCAACUGUGGCCUGUACUCAACUGAAAAGAUUCAACUCAUCUGAUGCCAAAUUUCUUCCAAGAGGAAGCCAUGAACAAGGGUCUGGAUCGAUAUUUUUAUCUAAUUUGUUAUGCAACGGCGACGAGUCUAGCUUGCUGGAUUGUGUCACCACUAGGAACCAACCACCUGGUACCUUCUCCUGUCAACACUCACAGGAUGUGGCCAUUGAAUGCACAGACAUUGAUGAGUGUGCUGAGAACAAUGGAGGGUGCAACCAGACCUGUACCAACUCUAUCGGGAGCUACCAGUGUAGUUGCCAGAGUGGCUAUCUGCUCAAUCAGGAUGGGAGGGGCUGUGACAAUGUAAAUGAGUGCAGUAUUCGGAAUGGUGACUGUGAGCAUCUGUGUACUGAUUUUACCGGAGGACAUGUUUGCUCUUGUUUCAAUGGUUUUCUCUUAACUGAUGGACACAAUUGUACUGACAUCAAUGAAUGCCUGAAUGGAGACUGUGAACACACUUGUUCCAACACCGUCGGCAACUUUAGCUGCUCCUGUAACACUGGCUAUAAACUGGACAGCAAUGGAUUCAAUUGCUCAGAUGUCAAUGAAUGCCUCACCAACAAUGGAGGAUGUGAACAUAACUGUACAAACACUGACGGCAACUUUAGCUGCUCCUGUAACACUGGAUAUAGUCGGGACAGCAAUAACUUGAACUGUACAGAAAUUGAUGAGUGUUCUACCAACAAUGGUGGCUGUGAGCAUGACUGUGACAACAACGAUGGAAGCUUCUUAUGUUCCUGUGACUCUGGUUAUCAACUAGACAACAACUCACUGAACUGUUCAGACAUUAACGAGUGCUUGACUGAUAAUGGAGACUGUGAACACUCCUGUACCAACACUAAGGGUAACUUUAGCUGCUCCUGUAACACUGGCUAUGAACUAGAUAGCAACGGAUUCAACUGCUCAGAUGUUGACGAGUGCCUCUCUGGUAACGGAAGAUGUGAACACAUCUGUACAAAUACGUUAGGGAAGUUCAGCUGCUCCUGUAAACUUGGAUACAGCCUGGACAGUAAUUUCAUGAGCUGCUCAGACGUGAAUGAGUGUAACACCAAAAAUGGAGGCUGUGAGCAUACAUGCACUAACGCUAACGGCAGCUACUCUUGUUCAUGUGAUACUGGAUAUCAGUUGCACCACAACUCAUUCAAUUGCUCUGACGUUAACGAGUGCUUGACUGACAAUGGAGACUGUGAACACACCUGUACCAACACUGAGGGAAACUUUAGCUGCUCCUGUAAUGCUGGCUAUGAACUGGGCAGCAAUGGAUUCAACUGCUCAGAUAUUGACGAAUGUGCUCGCUAUGCGUCUCAAUGUAUGUCCAACUCUACCUGUGUCAACAUUGAGGGUAAUUACACCUGCCCCUGUAAUAAUGGCUUUGCUGGAGACGGCUUCAGUGGCUGUGAUAACAUCAACGAGUGUGAAGAUGGCACUCACAACUGUGACCACAAUGCCCUCUGUACUGACAAUGUUGGGAGCUUUGCUUGCACUUGUAUGUUUGGCUAUACUGGGACAGGAGAGCAAUGCGACUGCACUGAUGGACAGGUGCGGCUGAUGAAUGGAAGUAAGCCCAGUGAGGGUCAGAGAAUGGGAAGAGUUGAGAUCUGCUACAACAACACCUAUGGCAGUGUGUGUGAUGACUUCUUCAAUGAGAAUGCUGCAGCCGUUGUCUGCAAUGGAACUGGCUCUCCGGUUCGUAGCAUUGGCAGUACAUUUGGUGCUGGUUCCGGUCCCAUUACUCUGGACAAUGUGGUGUGUGCGGGUACUGAAGACGACCUCUUGAACUGCUCCCACAACCAGAUAUUCCAACACAACUGCGACCACUCUGAAGAUGUGGCUGUCAUCUGUGAUGUCUCGUGCAUUGACGGCAGUAUUAGACUGAGAAAUCCUGAUGCUGUCUCUGAGAGCACCCUUCCUAAAUACGACCUCAUCAAGGAGCAGGUGUCUCGUGGUGUGGUAGAGUUGUGUGUGAAUGGUACCUUUGGCAGCCUCUGUGACAGUGGGUGGGACAAUCAGGACGCCUCUGUGGUCUGCAGACAACUGGGCUUCUCCCCACAUGGAACCAUUCAUCUUGACGGCCACUUAUUCACUAGAUUUGCUUCUUCAAGUGUGAAGGACGGUAGUUAUGGUUGUGUCGGAACCGAGAGUGAGCUGAGAAGUUGUGCUUAUCAACCGGCUGCUACUUGUGGUGGGCUUGAAGGAGCUGCUGUAGUGUGUCAGGACAAAUUGACCACUGUUUUCAACAAUUGCACUGAUGGAGAAAUACGACUAAUGGGAGGAGCUAAUGCCACUCUCGGAGCUAUUCAAGUCUGCAUGAACAAUGCCUGGGGCACAAUGUGCAAUGAUGGAUUUAGUACCAAUGAUGCCACUGUAGUGUGCAGACAGCUUGGCUUCCCCGUCACUGGGGCUGAGACCUUCAGAGAUGCAAGUACCAGGUUCAAUAUCUCAACAGGACCUGUGUUCCUAGACAGGGUCGACUGUACAGGGUCAGAGAGCAGCGUGAUGAACUGUAGACAGACCACUCCUGGCCUGUCAGAGUGCACUGCCACUAAGAUUGCUGGAGUACAGUGUUUUGAUGUGGACCAGUGUUUGACCAACAAUGGAGGAUGUGCCCACACAUGCACCAAUGAGCUGCCUGGAUUCACAUGUAGCUGUAGAACAGGCUUCACUCUGGACACUGACAACAAAGGCUGUGACGAUAUUGAUGAGUGUGCAAGCAGUCCCUGUGGAGACAUCUGUGUUAACACUAAUGGCAGUUUUCAUUGUCUCUGUACCUCCAACACUACUCUGGACACUGACGGUCGAAGUUGCAUAUCUUGUCGAAAUGGAGAUGUUCGGCUGGUCAAUGGUUCUGUUCCGUCUGAGGGAAGAGUGGAGGUGUGCAGAGGUGUAAUGUUUGGUACCGUCUGUGAUGACUUCUGGGAUGAGCUGGAUGCCAGGGUCGUUUGUACACAACUUGGAUACUCUGCAUCAGGAUCCAUUGCUGUGUCUGGUGGUGGGUUUGGCAAAGGCCAAGGCUCCAUUUUUCUUGACAACCUGAAGUGCAGUGGAAAUGAGCAGACUCUGUUGAAAUGUUCAUACAGUGAUACCCACAAUUGUGACCACUCUGAGGAUGCAGGAGUCAGGUGUCAAUCCAUGUGUAGUCAUGGUGAAGUGCGACUGUUAGUGGGAGAGGAUGUGGACUCUUUCUACGAGGGUCUCACUGACUACAAUGAUGCCUACUAUGACAAGGAUGGACUGAAAAGUGGCAGAGUGGAGGUGUGUGUCUCUGGAAGGUACGGCUCAGUCUGCCAUAACCCUUGGACGGAAAUGGAUGCCUCUGUUGUCUGCAAACAGCUAGGCUUCUCAGAAUAUGGUGCUAUCAAUGUGAAUGCUGAUAUAUUUGCCGUUGGUGAAACACCUCGUCUGGUCUCAAUGGCGAACUGUACUGGAACUGAGACCUCACUUCUCGACUGUAUGGGUGUGGUCACUGGCUCUGGCACUGGCUUCACCUGUCCCACUUCCGGAGUUAUCUGUCAAGCUUCAGGCACAGCAGCUGGUGACUGCUCUACUGGAGAUAUUCGUCUCAUGAACGUCACUGACACUGCAACAACCAGGGCAGGACGUUUGGAGGUGUGCAUCAACAAUGCCUGGGGAACAGUCUGUGAUGACCGAUUUGACUCCAUUGAUGCAACUGUGGCCUGUAAUCAACUAAAAGGAUUCAACUCAUCUGAUGCUGAAUUUCUUCCAAGAGGAAGCCAUAAACAAGGGUCUGGAUCGAUCUUUCUCUCUAACUUGUUAUGCAAUGGUGAUGAAUCUAGCUUGCUGGAUUGUGUCACCACUCGGAACCAACCACCUGGUACCUUCUCCUGUCAACACUCACAGGAUGUGUCCGUUGAAUGCACAGACGUGAAUGAGUGUACUGAGGAAAAUGGACUAUGCAACCAGACCUGUACCAACUCUAUAGGUAGCUACCAGUGCAGUUGCCAGAGUGGCUAUCUUCUCAACCAGGAUGCGAGAGGCUGUGACAAUGUGAAUGAGUGCGGUAUUCAAAACGGUGAUUGUGAGCAUCAGUGCACAGAUUUUACUGGAGGACAUGUUUGCUCUUGUUUCAAUGGAUUCCUCUUAACUAAUAAACACAAUUGUACUGACAUUGAUGAGUGCCUGAUUGACAAUGGAGACUGUGAGCACACUUGUAUCAAUACUGAGGGAAAUUUUAGCUGCUCCUGUAACAAUGGCUAUGAACUGGAUAACAACGGAUUUAAUUGUUCUGAUGUCAAUGAGUGCUUCAUCAACAAUGGAAGAUGUGAACACACUUGUACCAACACUGAUGGCAACUUUAGCUGCUCCUGUAACACUGGCUAUAGUAUGGACAGUAAUAGCUUCAACUGUACAGAAAUUGACGAGUGUGCUACCAACAAAGGUGGCUGUGAGCAUGACUGUGACAACACUGAUGGAAGCUUCUUUUGUUCCUGUGACUCUGGAUAUCAACUAGACAACAACUCACUGAACUGCUCAGACAUUAAUGAGUGCUUGAUUGACAAUGGAGGAUGUGAACACUCCUGCACCAACACUGAGGGGAACUUUACCUGCUCCUGUAACACUGGCUAUGAACUGAACAGCAAUGGAUUCAACUGCUCAGAUGUCGAUGAAUGCCUCUCUGGUAAUGGAGGAUGCGAACAUAUCUGUACAAAUACUUUUGGGAACUUCAGCUGCUCAUGUACGAUUGGAUACAGCCUGGACAGUAAUUUGAUGAACUGUUCAGACGUAAAUGAGUGUAACACCAAAAAUGGAGGAUGUGAGCAUACAUGCGCUAACACAAACGGCAGCUUCUCUUGCUUAUGUGAUACUGGAUAUCAGCUAGACCACAACUCAUUCAAUUGCUCUGACAUCAACGAGUGCUUGACUGAUAAUGGAGACUGUGAACACACCUGUACCAACAUUGAGAGCAACUUUAGCUGCUCUUGUAACACUGGCUAUGAACUGGAUAGCGAUGGAUUCAACUGCUCAGACAUUGAUGAGUGUGCUCACAAUACGUCUGUGUGUCUGUCCGAUUCUACCUGCAUCAACAUUGUUGGUAAUUACACCUGCCCCUGUAAUAAUGGCUUUGCUGGAGACGGUUUCAAUAGGUGUGAAAACAUAAACGAGUGUGAAGAUGGCACUCACAACUGUGACCACAAUUCCCUCUGUACUGACAAUAUUGGGAGCUUUGCCUGCACUUGUGUGUUUGGCUAUACUGGGACAGGAGAGCAAUGCGACUGCACUGAUGGACAGGUGCGGUUGAUGAAUGGAAGUGAGCCCAGUGAGAGUCAGAGAAUGGGAAGAGUUGAGAUCUGCUACAACAACACCUAUGGCAGUGUAUGUGAUGACUUCUUCAAUGAGAAUGCUGCAGCUGUUGUCUGCAAUGGAACUGGCUCUCCGGUUCGUGGCAUUGAUAGUACAUUUGGUGCUGGUUCUGGUCCUAUCACUCUGGACAAUGUGGUGUGUGCUGGCACUGAGGACAGCCUCUUGAGCUGCUCUCAUAGCCAGAUAUUCCAGCACAACUGCAACCACUCUGAAGAUGUGGCUGUCGUCUGUGAUGUCUCGUGCAUUGACGGCAGUAUUAGACUGAGAAACCCUGAUGCUGUCUCACAGAGCACCCUUCCUAAAUACGACCUCAUCAAGGAGCAGGUGUCUCGUGGUGUGGUAGAGUUGUGUGUGAAUGGUACCUUUGGAAGCCUCUGUGACAGUGGGUGGGACAAUCAGGACGCCUCUGUGAUCUGCAGACAACUGGGCUUCUCCCCACAUGGAGCCAUUCAUCUUAACGGUCACUUAUUCACUGGAUUUGCUUCUUCAAGUGUGAAAGACGGUAGUUACGGUUGUGUCGGAACCGAGAGUGAGCUGAGAAGUUGUGCUUAUCAGCCGGCUGCUACUUGUGGUGGGCUUGAAGGAGCUGCUGUAGUGUGUCAGGACAAAUUGACCACUGUUUUCAACAAUUGCACUGAUGGAGAGAUACGACUAAUGGGAGGAGCUAAUGCCACUCUCGGAGCUAUUCAAAUCUGCAUGAACAAUGCCUGGGGCACAAUGUGCAAUGAUGGAUUUAGUACCAGUGAUGCCACUGUAGUGUGCAGACAGCUUGGCUUCCCCGUUACUGGGGCUGAGGCCUUCAGAGAUGCCAGUACCAGGUUCAAUAUCUCAACAGGACCUGUGUUCCUAGACCGAGUCGACUGUAGAGGGUCAGAGAGCAGCGUGAUGGACUGUAGACAGACCACUCCUGGCCUGUCAGAGUGCACUGCCACUAAGAUUGCUGGAGUACAGUGUUUUGAUGUGGACCAGUGUCUAACCAACAAUGGAGGGUGUGCCCACACGUGCACUAAUGAGCUGCCUGGAUUCACAUGUAGCUGUAGGACAGGCUUCACUCUGGACACUGACAACAAGGGCUGUGACGAUAUUGAUGAGUGUGCAAGCAGUCCCUGUGGAGACAUCUGUGUCAACACUAAUGGCAGUUUUCAUUGUCUCUGUACCUCCAACACUACUCUGGACACUGACGGUCGAAGUUGCAUAUCCUGUCGAGAUGGAGAUGUUCGGCUGGUCAAUGGUUCCGUUCCGUCUGAGGGAAGAGUGGAAGUGUGCAAAGGUGUAAUGUUUGGUACCGUCUGUGAUGACUUCUGGGAUGAGCUGGAUGCCAAGGUCGUCUGUACACAACUCGGAUACUCUGCAUCAGGAUCCAUUGCUGUGUCUGCUGGUGGAUUUGGCAAAGGCAAAGGCUCCAUUUUUCUUGACAACCUGAAGUGCAGUGGAAAUGAGCAGACUCUGUUGAAAUGUUCAUACAGUGAUACCCACAAUUGUGACCACUCUGAGGAUGCAGGAGUCAGGUGUCAAUCCAUGUGUAGUCAUGGUGAAGUGCGACUGGUAGUGGGAGAGGAUGUGGACUCUUUCUAUGAGGGUCUCACUGACUACAAUGAUGCCUACUAUGACAAGGAUGGAUUGAAAAGUGGCAGAGUGGAGGUGUGUGUCUCUGGAAGGUACGGCUCAGUCUGCCAUAACCCUUGGACGGAAAUGGAUGCCUCUGUCGUCUGCAAACAGCUAGGUUUCUCAGAAUAUGGUGCUAUCAAUGUGAAUGCUGAUAUAUUUGCCGUUGGUGAAACACCUCAUCUGGUAUCUAUGGCCAACUGUACCGGAACUGAGAUGUCACUUCUCGACUGUAUGGGUAUGGUCACCGGCUCUGGCACUGGCUUCACUUGCCCCACCUCCGGAGUUAUCUGUCAAGUUUCAGGCACAAUAUCUGGUGAUUGCUCUACUGGAGAUAUUCGUCUUAUGAACGUCACUGACACUGCAACAACCAGGGCAGGACGUUUGGAGGUGUGCAUCAACAAUGCUUGGGGAACAGUCUGUGAUGACCGAUUUGACUCCAUUGAUGCAACUGUGGCCUGUACUCAACUAAAAGGAUUCAACUCAUCUGAUGCUGAAUUUCUUCCAAGAGGAAGCCAUAAACAAGGGUCUGGAUCGAUCUUUCUAUCUAAUUUGUUAUGCAAUGGUGAUGAAUCUAGCUUGCUGGAUUGUGUUACCACUCGGAACCAACCUCCUGGUACCUUCUCCUGUCAACACUCACAGGAUGUGGCAAUUGAAUGCACAGACAUUGAUGAGUGUGCGGAGGACAAUGGAGGAUGCAACCAGAGCUGUACCAACUCUAUAGGUAGCUACCAGUGCAGUUGCCAGAGUGGCUAUCUACUCAACCAGGAUGGACAAGGCUGUGACAAUGUGAAUGAGUGCGAUAUUCAGAACGGUGACUGUGAGCAUCUGUGUACUGAUUUUACCGGAGGACAUGUUUGCUCUUGUUUAAAUGGAUUCCUCUUAAGUAAUAGACACAAUUGUACUGACAUCGAUGAGUGCCUGACUGACAAUGGAGACUGUGAGCACACUUGUAUCAACACUGAGGGAAAUUUUAGCUGCUCCUGUAACACUGGCUAUGAACUGGACAGCAAUGGACUUAACUGCUCAGAUGUCAAUGAGUGCUUCUUUAACAAUGGAGGAUGUGAACACACUUGUACCAACACUGAUGGAAACUUUAGUUGCUCCUGUAAUACUGGCUAUAGUAUGAACAGCAAUAGCUUCAACUGUACAGAAAUUGAUGAGUGUGCCACCAACAAUGGUGGCUGUGAGCAUGACUGUAACAACACCGAUGGAAGCUUCUUAUGUUCCUGUGACUCUGGAUAUCAACUACAUAACAACUCAAUGAAUUGCUCAGACAUUAAUGAGUGCCUGAUUGACAAUGGAGACUGUGAACAUACUUGUACCAACACUGAGGGCAACUUUAGCUGCUCCUGUAACACUGGCUAUGAACUGGACAGCAAUGGAUUCAAUUGUUCAGAUGUCGACGAGUGCCUCUCUGAUAAUGGAGGAUGCGAACACAUCUGUACGAAUACUGUUGGUAGAUUCAGCUGCUCUUGUACAACUGGAUAUAGCCUGGACAGUAAUAUGAUGACAUGUUCAGACGUGAAUGAGUGUAACACCAAAAAUGGAGGCUGUGAGCAUACAUGCACUAACACUAACGGCAGCUUCUCUUGCUCAUGUGAUAUUGGAUAUCAGUUGGACCACAACUCCUUUAAUUGCUCUGACGUCAACGAGUGCUUGACUGAUAAUGGAGAUUGUGAACACUCCUGCAUCAACACUGAGGGAAAUUUUAGCUGCUCCUGUAACAUUGGCUAUGAACUGGGCAGCAAUGGAUUCAACUGCUCAGAUAUUGAUGAGUGUUCUCGAAAUGCAUCUGAGUGUCUGUCCAAUUCUACCUGUGUCAACAUUGAUGGUAAUUACACCUGCCCCUGUAAUAAUGGCUUUGCUGGAGACGGUUUCAAUAGGUGUGAAAACAUCAACGAGUGUGAAGAUGGCACUCACAACUGUGACCACAAUGCCCUCUGUACUGACAAUGUUGGGAGCUUUGCUUGCACUUGUAUGUUUGGCUAUACUGGGACAGGAGAGCAAUGCGACUGCACUGAUGGACAGGUGCGGCUGAUGAAUGGAAGUGAGCCCAGUGAGGGUCAGAGAAUGGGAAGAGUUGAGAUCUGCUACAACAACACCUAUGGCAGUGUUUGUGAUGACUUCUUCAAUGAGAAUGCUGCAGCUGUUGUCUGCAAUGGAACUGGCUCUCUAGUUCGUGGCAUUGAUAGUAAAUUUGGCCCUGGUUCUGGUCCCAUCACUCUGGACAAUGUGGUGUGUGCUGGCACUGAGGACAGCCUCUUGAGCUGCUCCCAUAGCCAGAUACUCCAGCACAACUGCGACCACUCUGAAGAUGUGGCUGUCGUCUGUGAUGUCUCGUGCAUUGAGGGAAAUGUUAGACUGAGAAACCCUGAUGCUGUCUCACAGAGCACCCUUCCUAAAUACAACCUCAUUAAAGAGCAGGUGUCUCGUGGUGUGGUGGAGUUGUGUGUGAACGGUACCUUUGGCAGCCUCUGUGACAGUGGGUGGGACAAUCAGGACGCCUCUGUGGUCUGCAAACAGCUGGGAUUCUCCCCACAUGGAGCCAUUCAUCUUGACGGCCACUUAUUCACUAGAUUCGCUUCUUCAAGUGUGAAAGACGGUAGUUAUGGUUGUGUCGGAACUGAGAGUGAGCUGAGAAGUUGUGCGUAUCAACCGGCUGCUACUUGUGGUGGGCUUGAAGGAGCUGCUGUAGUGUGUCAGGACAAAUCGACUAUUGUUUUCAACAAUUGCACUGAUGGCGAGCUACGACUAAUUGGUGGAACUAACGCCACUCUCGGAGCUGUUCAAGGCUGCAUGAACAAUGCCUGGGGCUCAGUGUGCAAUGACGGAUUUAGUACCAAUGAUGCCACUGUGGUGUGCAGACAGCUUGGCUUCCCCAUCACUGGGGCUGAGGCCUUCAGAGAUGCCAGUACCAGGUUCAAUAUCUCAACAGGACCUGUGUUCCUAGACAGGGUCGACUGUAGAGGGUCAGAGAGCAGCGUGAUGAACUGUAGACAGACCACUCCUGGCCUGUCAGAGUGCACUGCCACUGAAAUUGCUGGAGUACAGUGUAUUGAUAUGGACCAGUGUCUGACCAACAAUGGAGGAUGCUCCCACACAUGCACUAAUGAGCUGCCCGGAUUCACAUGUAGCUGUAGAACAGGCUUCACUCUGGACACUGACAACAAAGGUUGUUUUGAUAUUAACGAGUGUGUUAGCAGUCCCUGUGGAGACAUCUGUGUCAACACUAAUGGCAGUUUUCAUUGCCUCUGUACCUCCAACACUACUCUGGAUACUGAUGGCCGAAGUUGCAUAUCCUGUCGAGAUGGAGAUGUUCGGCUGGUGAAUGGUUCUGUUUCGUCUGAGGGAAGAGUGGAGGUGUGCAAAAAUGUAAUGUUUGGUACCGUUUGUGAUGACUUCUGGGAUGAGCUGGAUGCCAGGGUCGUCUGUACACAACUCGGAUACUCUGCAUCAGGAUCCAUUCCUGUGUCUGGUGGUGGGUUUGCCCAAGGCAAGGACACUAUUUUUCUUGAUGACGUGAAAUGCAGUGGAAAUGAACAGACUCUGUUAAAAUGUUCUUACAAUCAGACCCACAAUUGUGACCAUUCUGAGGAUGCAGGAGUCAGGUGUCAAUCUAUGUGUAGUCAUGGAGAAGUGCGACUGGUAGUGGGAGAGAAUGUGGACUCUUUCUACGAGGGUCUCACUGACUACAAUGAUGCCUACUAUGACAAGGAUGGACUGAAAAGUGGCAGAGUGGAGGUGUGUGUCUCUGGGAGGUACGGCUCCGUCUGCCAUAACCCUUGGACGGAAACAGACGCCUCUGUCGUCUGCAAGCAGCUAGGCUUCUCAAGAUACGGUGCUAUCAAUGUGAAUGCUGAUAUUUUUACGGAGGGUAAAACACCUCGUCUGGUCUCAAUGGCUAACUGUACCGGAACUGAGAUGUCACUUCUCGACUGUAUGGGUGUGGUCAUCGGCUCUGGCACUGGCUUCACUUGCCCCACCUCCGGAGUUAUUUGUCAAGCUUCAGGCACAGCAGCUGGUGACUGCUCCACUGGAGAUAUUCGUCUCAUGAAUAUCAGUGACACUUUAACAACCAGGGCAGGACGUCUGGAGGUGUGCAUCAACAAUGCCUGGGGAACAGUCUGUGAUGACCGAUUCGACUCUCUUGAUGCAACUGUGGCCUGUACUCAACUGGAAGGAUUCAACUCAUCUGAUGCUGAAUUUCUUCCAAGAGGAAGCCAUGAACAAGGGUCCGGAUCGAUCUUUCUAUCUACCUUGUUAUGCAAUGGUGAUGAGUCUAGCUUGCUGGAUUGUGUCACCACUCGGAACCAACCUCCUGGUACCUUCUCCUGUCAACACUCACAGGAUGUGGCCAUUGGAUGCACAGACAUGGACGAGUGUACUAAGAACAAUGGAGGGUGUAACCAGACCUGUACCAACUCUAUCGGGAGCUACCAGUGUAGUUGCCAGAGUGGCUAUCUGCUCAACCAGGAUGGCAAAGGCUGUGACAAUGUCAAUGAGUGCAGUAUUCAGAACGGCUACUGUGAUCAUCUGUGUACAGAUUUUACUGGAGGACAUGUUUGUUCUUGUUUCAAUGGUUUCCUCUUAAGUAAUGGACACACUUGUACUGACAUUAAUGAAUGCUCAUUUGACAAUGGAAACUGUGAACACACCUGCACCAACAUUGAGGGAAACUUUAGCUGCUCCUGUAACGCUGGCUAUGAACUGGGCAGCAAUGGAUUCAACUGCUCUGAUGUCAAUGAAUGCCUCACCAACAAUGGAGGAUGUGAACAUAACUGUACCAACACUAAUGGCAACUUUAGCUGCUCCUGUAACACUGGAUAUAGUCGGGACAGCAAUAACUUGAACUGUACAGAAAUUGAUGAGUGUUCUACCAACAAUGGUGGCUGUGAGCAUGACUGUGACAACACUGAUGGAAGCUUCUUAUGUUCUUGUGACUCUGGAUAUCAACUAGACAACAACUCUCUAAACUGUUCAGACAUUAACGAGUGCUUGACUGAUAAUGGAGACUGUGAACACUCCUGCACCAACACUGAGGGAAACUUUAGCUGCUCCUGUAACACUGGCUAUGAACUGGAUAGCAAUGGAUUCAACUGCUCAGAUGUCAACGAGUGCUUCUCUGAUAAUGGAGGAUGUGAACACAUCUGUACGAAUACUGUUGGUAAAUUCAGCUGCUCCUGUAAAAUUGGAUAUAGCCUGGACAGUAAUUUGAUGAACUGCUCAGACAUAAAUGAGUGUAACACCAAAAAUGGAGGCUGUGAACAUAUCUGUACUAACAAUGACGGCAGAUUUUCUUGCUCAUGUGAUAUUGGAUAUCAGCUAGACCACAAUUUAUUCAAUUGCUCUGACGUCAAUGAGUGCUUGACUUAUAAUGGAGACUGUGAACAUACCUGUACCAACUCUGAUGGCAACUUUAGCUGCUCCUGUAACACUGGCUAUGAACUGGACAGCAAUGAAUUCAACUGCUCAGACAUUGAUGAAUGUGCUCGCAAUGCGUCUCAAUGUAUGUCCAACUCUACCUGUAUCAACAUUGAGGGUAAUUACACCUGCCCCUGUAAUAAUGGCUUUGCUGGAGACGGCUUCAAAGGCUGUGAAAACAUCAACGAGUGUGAAGAUGGCACUCACAACUGUGACCACAAUGCCCUCUGUACUGACAAUGUUGGGAGCUUUGCCUGCACUUGUGUGUUUGGCUACACUGGGACAGGAGAGCAAUGCAACUGCACUGAUGGACAGGUCCGACUGAUGAAUGAAAGUGAGCCCAGUGAGGGUCAGAAAAUGGGAAGAGUUGAGAUCUGCUACAACAACACCUAUGGCAGUGUGUGUGAUGACUUCUUCAAUGAGAAUGCUGCAGCCGUAGUUUGCAAUGGAACUGGCUCUCCGGUUCGUGGUAUAGACAGUACAUUUGGUGCUGGUUCCGGUCCCAUCACUCUGGACAAUGUGGUGUGUGCUGGCACUGAAGACAACCUCUUGAACUGCUCCCAUAACCAGAUUUUCCAGCACAACUGCGAUCACUCUGAAGAUGUGGCUGUCGUCUGUGAUAUCUCGUGCAUUGACGACAGUGUUAGACUGAGAAACCCUGAUGCUGUCUCAGAGAGCACCCUUCCUAAAUACGACCUCAUCAAGGAGCAGGUGUCUCGUGGUGUGGUGGAGUUAUGUGUGAACGGUACCUUUGGCAGCCUCUGUGACAGUGGGUGGGACAAUCAGGACACCUCUGUGGUCUGCAGACAGCUGGGCUUCUCCCCACAUGGAGCCAUUCACCUUAACGGCCACUUAUUUACUAGAUUCGCUUCUUCAAGUGUGAUGCACGGUAGUUAUGGUUGUGUCGGAACCGAGAGUGAGCUGAGAAGUUGUGCUUAUCAGCCGGCUGCUACUUGUGGUGGGCUUGAAGGAGCUGCAGUAGUGUGUCAGGACAAAUCGAUCACUGUUUUCAGCAAUUGCACUGAUGGCGAGCUACGACUAAUUGGUGGAGCUAAUGCCACUCUCGGAGCUGUUCAAGGCUGCAUGAACAACGCUUGGGGCUCAGUGUGCAAUGACGGAUUUAGCACCAAUGAUGCCACUGUUGUGUGCAGACAGCUUGGCUUCCCUAUCACUGGGGCUGAGGCCUUCAGAGAUGCCAGUACCAGGUUCAAUAUCUCAACAGGACCUGUGUUCCUAGACAGGGUCGACUGUAGAGGGUCAGAGAGUAGGGUGAUGGACUGUAGACAAACCACUCCUGGCCUGUCAGAGUGCACUACCACUAAGAUUGCUGGAGUACAGUGUAUUGAUGUGGAUCAGUGUCUGACCAACAAUGGAGGGUGUGCUCAUACAUGCACCAAUGAGCUGCCUGGAUUCACAUGUAGCUGUAGAGCAGGCUACAAUCUGGACACUGACAACAAGAGCUGUGCCGACAUUAACGAGUGUGCAAGCAGUCCCUGUGGAGACAUCUGUGUCAACACUAAUGGCAGUUUUCAUUGCCUCUGUACCUCCAACACUACUCUGGACACUGACGGCCGAAGUUGCAUAUCCUGUCGAGAUGGAGAUGUUCGGCUGGUGAAUGGUUCUGUUCCAUCUGAGGGAAGAGUGGAGGUGUGCAGAGGUGUAAUGUUUGGUACCAUCUGUGAUGACUUCUGGGAUAAGCUGGAUGCCAGGGUCGUCUGUACACAACUCGGAUACUCUGCAUCAGGAUCCAUUGCUGUGUCUGGUGGGGGGUUUGCCCAAGGCAAUGGCUCCAUUUUUCUUGAUGACGUGAAAUGCAGGGGAAAUGAGCAGACUUUGUCGAAAUGUUCAUACAGUCGGACCCACAAUUGUGACCACUCUGAAGAUGCAGGAGUCAGGUGUCAAUCCAUGUGUAGUCAUGGUGAAGUGCGACUGGUGGUGGGAGAGGAUGUGGACUCGUUCUACGAGGGUCUCACUGACUACAAUGAUGCCUAUUAUAACAAAGACGGACUGAAAAGUGGCAGAGUGGAGGUGUGUGUUUCUGGGAGGUAUGGCUCAGUCUGCUACAAUUCUUGGACGGAAAUGGACGCCUCUGUCGUCUGCAAGCAGCUAGGUUUCUCAGGAUAUGGUGCUAUCAAUGUGAAUGCUGAUAUAUUUGCCGUUGGUGAAACACCUCGUCUGGUCUCAAUGGCUAACUGUACUGGAACUGAGACCUCACUUCUCGACUGUAUGGGUGUGGUCACUGGCUCUGGCACUGGCUUCACUUGCCCAACCUCCGGAGUUAUCUGUCAAGCUUCAGGCACAGCAGCUGGUGACUGCUCUACUGGAGAUAUUCGUAUCAUGAACGUCACUGACACUGCAACAACCAGGGCAGGACGUUUGGAGGUGUGCAUCAACAAUGCUUGGGGAACAGUCUGUGAUGACCGAUUUGACUCCAUUGAUGCAACUGUGGCCUGUAAUCAACUAAAAGGAUUCAACUCAUCUGAUGCUGAAUUUGUUGCAAGAGGAAGCCAUGAACAAGGGUCUGGAUCGAUCUUUCUCUCUAACUUGUUAUGCAAUGGUGAUGAAUCUAGCUUGCUGGAUUGUGUCACCACUCGGAACCAACCACCUGGUACCUUCUCCUGUCAACACUCACAGGAUGUGUCCAUUGAAUGCACAGACGUGAAUGAGUGUACUGAGGAAAAUGGACUAUGCAACCAGACCUGUACCAACUCUAUCGGGAGCUACCAGUGCAGUUGCCAGAGUGGCUAUCUACUCAACCAGGAUGCGAGAGGCUGUGACAAUGUGAAUGAGUGCGGUAUUCAAAACGGUGAUUGUGAGCAUCUGUGUACAGAUUUUACUGGAGGACAUGUUUGCUCUUGUUUCAAUGGAUUCCUCUUAACUAAUAAACACAAUUGUACUGACAUUGAUGAGUGCUUGACUGACAAUGGAGAUUGCGAACACACUUGUACCAACACUGAGGGAAAUUUUAGCUGCUCCUGUAACAAUGGCUAUGAACUGGAUAACAACAGAUUUAAUUGUUCAGAUGUCAAUGAGUGCUUCAUCAACAAUGGAAGAUGUGAACACACUUGUACCAACACUGAUGGCAACUUUAGCUGCUCAUGUAACACUGGCUAUAGUAUGGACAGCAAUAGCUUCAACUGUACAGAAAUUGAUGAGUGUGCUACCAACAAUGGUGGCUGUGAGCAUGACUGUGACAACACUGAUGGAAGCUUCUUAUGUUCUUGUGACUCUGGAUAUCAACUAAACAACAACUCUCUGAACUGCUCAGACAUUAAUGAGUGCUGGAUUGACAAUGGAGGAUGUGAACACUCCUGCACCAACACUGAGGGGAACUUUACCUGCUCCUGUAACACUGGCUAUGAACUGAACAGCAAUGGAUUCAACUGCUCAGAUGUCGAUGAAUGCCUCUCUGGUAAUGGAGGAUGCGAACAUAUCUGUACAAAUACUUUUGGGAACUUCAGCUGCUCUUGUACGAUUGGAUACAGCCUAGAAAGUAAUUUGAUGAACUGUUCAGACGUAAAUGAGUGUAACACUAAAAAUGGAGGAUGUGAGCAUACAUGCGCUAACACAAACGGCAGCUUCUCUUGCUUAUGUGAUACUGGAUAUCAGUUGGACCACAAUUCAUUCAAUUGUUCUGACAUCAACGAGUGCUUGACUGAUAAUGGAGACUGUGAACACACCUGUACCAACAUUGAGAGCAACUUUAGCUGCUCUUGUAACAUUGGCUAUGAACUGGACAGCAAUGGAUUCAACUGCUCAGACAUUGAUGAGUGUGCUCGCAAUACAUCUCUGUGUCUGUCCGAUUCUACCUGCAUCAACAUUGAGGGUAAUUACACCUGCCCCUGUAAUAAUGGCUUUGCUGGGGACGGUUUCAAUGGCUGUGAAAACAUCAACGAAUGUGAAGAUGGCACUCACAACUGUGACCGCAAUGCCCUCUGUACUGACAAUAUUGGGAGCUUUGCCUGCACUUGUGUGUUUGGCUACACUGGGACAGGAGAGCAAUGCGACUGCACUGAUGGACAGGUCCGACUGAUGAAUGGAAGUGAGCCCAGUGAGGGUCAGAGAAUGGGAAGAGUUGAGAUCUGCUACAACAACACCUAUGGCAGUGUGUGUGAUGACUUCUUCAAUGAGAAUGCUGCAGCCGUUGUCUGCAACGGAACUGGUUCUCCAGUUCGUGGCAUUGACAGUACAUUUAGUGCUGGUUCUGGUCCCAUCACUCUGGACAAUGUAGUGUGUGCUGGCACUGAGGACAACCUCUUGAGCUGCUCUCAUAACCAGAUAUUCCAGCACAACUGCGACCACUCUGAAGAUGUGGCUGUCAUCUGUGAUAUCUCGUGCAUUGACGGCAGUACUAGACUGAGAAACCCUGAUGCUGUCUCACAGAACACCCUUCCAAAAUACGAUCUGAUCAAGGAGCAGGUGUCUCGUGGUGUGGUGGAGUUGUGUGUGAACGGUACCUUUGGAAGCCUCUGUGACAGUGGGUGGGACAAUCAGGACGCCUCUGUGGUCUGCAGACAACUGGGCUUCUCCCCACAUGGAGCCAUUCAUCUUAACGGUCACUUAUUCACUGGAUUUGCUUCCUCAAGUGUGAAAGACGGUAGUUAUGGUUGUAUCGGAACUGAGAGUGAGCUGAGAAGUUGUGCUUAUCAACCGGCUGCUACUUGUGGUGGGCUUAAAGGAGCUGCAGUAGUGUGUCAGGACAAAACGGCAACUGCUUUCAACAAUUGCACUGAUGGAGAGAUACGACUAAUGAGUGGUGCUAACGCUACUCUUGGAGCUGUUCAAGUCUGCAUGAACAAUGCCUGGGGCUUAGUGUGCAAUGACAGAUUUGGUACCAACGAUGCCACUGUGGUGUGCAGACAGCUCGGCUUCCCCAUCACUGGGGCUGAGGCCUUCAGAGAUGCCAGUACCAGGUUCAAUAUAUCAACAGGACCUGUGUUCCUAGACAGGGUUUACUGCAACGGGUUUGAGAACAGCAUGAUGGCCUGUAGACAAACCACUCCUGGUCUGUCAGAGUGCACUGCCACUGAAAUUGCUGGAGUGCAGUGUAUUGAUGUGGACCAGUGUCUGACCAACAAUGGAGGGUGUGCCCACACAUGCACCAAUGAGCUUCCUGGAUUCACAUGUAGCUGUAGAACAGGCUUCACUCUGGACAUUGACAACAAGGGCUGUGACGAUAUUGAUGAGUGUGCAAGCAGUCCCUGUGGAGACAUCUGUGUCAACACUAAUGGCAGUUUUCAUUGUCUCUGUACCUCCAACACUACUCUGGACACUGAUGGUAGAAGUUGCAAAUCCUGUAGAGAUGGAGAUGUUCGGCUGGUGAAUGGUUCCAUUCCAUCUGAGGGCAGAGUGGAGGUGUGCAGAAGUGGAGUGUUUGGUACCGUCUGUGAUGACUUCUGGGAUGAGCUUGACGCCAGGGUCGUCUGUACACAACUCGGAUACUCUGCAUCAGGAUCCAUUGCUGUGUCUGGUGGUGGGUUCGGCCAAGGCAGGGACACUAUUCUUCUUGACAACCUGAAGUGCAGUGGAAAUGAGCCGACUCUGUUGAACUGUUCGUACAGUCCGACCCACAAUUGUGACCACUCUGAGGAUGCAGGAGUCAGGUGUCAAUCCAUGUGUAGUCAUGGUGAAAUUCGACUGGUGGUGGGAGAUGAUGUGAGCUCUUUCUACGAGGAUUUCACUAACUACAAUGAUGCCUACUAUGACAAGGAUGGAUUGAAAAGUGGCAGAGUGGAGGUGUGUGUCUCUGGAAGGUACGGCUCAGUCUGCCAUAACCCUUGGACGGAAAUGGAUGCCUCUGUUGUCUGCAAGCAGCUAGCCUUCUCAGAAUAUGGUGCUAUCAAUGUGAAUGCUGAUAUUUUUGCCGAGGGUGAAACACCUCGUCUGGUUUCAAUGGCCAACUGUACUGGAACUGAGGCCUCACUUCUCGAUUGUAUGGGUGUGGUCACCGGCUCUGGCACUGGCUUCACUUGCCCCACCUCCGGAGUUAUCUGUCAAGUUUCAAGCACAGCAGCUGGUGACUGCUCCACUGGAGAUAUUCGUCUCAUGAACGUCACUGACACUGCAACAACAAGGGCAGGACGUUUGGAGGUGUGCAUCAAUAAUGCUUGGGGAACAGUCUGUGAUGACCGAUUUGACUCCAUUGAUGCAACUGUGGCUUGUACUCAACUGAAAGGAUUCAAUUCGUCUGAUGCUGAAUUUCUUCUGAGAGGAAACCAUGAAGAAGGUUCUGGAUCAGUCUUUCUUUCUGGCUUGUUAUGUAUUGGUGAUGAGUCUAGCUUGCUGGACUGUGUCACUGCUCGUAACCAACUCCCUGGCACCUUCUCCUGCCCACACUCACAGGAUGUGGCUAUUGAAUGCACAGACAUUGAUGAGUGUACUGAGGAUAAUGGAGGGUGCAACCAGACCUGUAUCAACUCUAUUGGGAACUAUGAAUGCAGGUGCCAGAGUGGCUAUCUACUCAACCAAGAUAGGAGAGGCUGUGACAAUGUAAAUGAGUGCAAUAUUCGAAAUGGGGACUGUGAGCAUCUGUGUACUGAUUUUAUCGGAGGACAUGUUUGCUCUUGUUUGAAUGGUUACCUCUUAACUAAUAGACACAAUUGUACUGACAUCGAUGAGUGCUUGAUUGACAAUGGAGACUGUGAAAGUACCUGUACCAACACUGAGGGAAACUUUAACUGCUCCUGCAAUACUGGCUAUAAACUGGACAGCAAUGGAUUCAAUUGCUCAGAUGUCAAUGAGUGCUUCAUCAAUAAUGGCCGAUGUGAACAUUCCUGUACCAACACUGAUGGAAAUUUUAGCUGCUCCUGUAACACUGGCUAUAGUCUGGAUAGCAAUAACUUCAACUGUACAGAAAUUGAUGAGUGUGCUACCAACAAUGGUGGCUGUGAGCAUGCUUGUUUCAACACUGAUGGGAGCUUCUUCUGUUCCUGUGAAUCUGGUUAUCAACUAGACAACAACUCAAUGAACUGCUCAGACAUCAAUGAGUGCCUGAAUAACAAUGGAGACUGUGGACACACUUGUACCAACACUGAGGGCAAUUUUAGCUGCUCCUGUAACACUGGCUAUGACCUGGAUAGCAAUGGAUUCAACUGCUCAGAUGUCAACGAGUGCCUCUCUGGUAACGGAGGAUGUGAACACAUCUGUACGAACACUGUUGGAAACUUCAGCUGCUCCUGUACACUUGGAUUCAGCCUUGACAGUGAUUUGAUGAACUGCUCAGACGUGAAUGAGUGUAAUACCAACAAUGGAGGCUGUGAGCAUACAUGCACUAACACUAACGGUAACUACUCUUGCUCAUGUGAUACUGGAUAUCAGUUGGACCACAACUCAUUCAAUUGCUCUGACGUCAACGAGUGCCUGACUGACAAUGGAGACUGUGAACACUCCUGCAUCAACACUGAGGGAAACUUUAGCUGCUCCUGUAACACUGGCUAUGAACUGGACAGCAAUUUAUUCAACUGCUCAGAUAUUGAUGAGUGUGCUCGCAAUGAGUUUAAUUGUCUGUCCAAUUCUAUUUGUUUCAACAAUGAGGGUAAUUACACUUGCCCCUGUAAUAACGGCUUUACUGGAGACGGCUUCAAUGGCUGUGAAAACAUCAACGAAUGUGAAAAUAGCACUCACAACUGUGACCACAAUGCCGUCUGUACUGACAAUGUUGGGAGCUUUACCUGCACUUGUGUGUUUGGCUACACUGGGACAGGAGAGCAAUGCGACUGCACUGACGGACAGGUGCGACUGAUGAAUGGAAGUGAUCCCAGUGAGGGUCAGAGAAUGGGAAGAGUUGAGAUCUGCUAUAACAACACCUAUGGCAGUGUGUGUGAUGACUUCUUCAACGAAAAUGCUGCAGCCGUAGUCUGCAAUGGAACUGGCUCUCCGGUUCGUGGCAUUGACAGUACAUUUGGCCCUGGUUCUGGUCCCAUCACUCUGGACAAUGUGGUGUGUGCUGGCACUGAGGACGACCUCUUGAGCUGCUCCCAUAAGCAGAUAUUCCAGCACAACUGUGACCACUCUGAAGAUGUCGCUGUCGUCUGUGAUGUUCCAUGCAUUGAGAACAGUGUGAAACUUGUGAAUCUUGAGAAAUCCAUUCCGAGCCAGUUGUCUGAGUACAACCUAAUAAAAGAUACUGUUGCUCGAGGUAUAGUUGAAGUCUGUCAAAACAACUCUUUUGUUAGUGUAUGUGAGGAUUCAUGGACUAAUCGUGAAGCAUCCGUCAUCUGCAACCAGCUGGGAUUCUCUCCCUAUGGUUCAAUUAGCGUGAGCAGUUCAGUCUACACCAGUACAGGCUCUCCCAUCUUGGUAAAUGAUCUCAUGUGUGUUGGACAGGAGGAUUCUAUCAGCAAUUGCUCUCGAACUAGUGCUGUCUGCAUCCGAGGAAGAGCUGGACUCAUUUGUCAAGACAAAUCAAUGACCGUUUUCAGUAAUUGUACUGAUGGAGAAAUACGACUAGUGGGCGGAGCUAAUGCCACUCUCGGAGCUGUUCAAGUCUGCAUGAACAAUGCCUGGGGCUCAGUGUGCAAUGACAGAUUUGGUAUCAAUGAUGCCACCGUGGUGUGCAGACAGCUUGGUUUCCCCGUCACUGGGGCUGAGGCCUUCAGAGAUGCCAGUACCAGGUUCAAUAUCUCAACAGGACCAGUGUUCCUAGACCGGGUCACUUGCUUUGGAAAGGAAAACCGACUAAUUCGUUGUCGUUUGAGUGGGGGAAUUGUAGUUGGUCAAUCCCAGUGUGAUCGUACCCAGCUAGCAGGUGUACAAUGUGUAGAUGUGGACCAGUGUCUGACCAACAAUGGAGGAUGUGCCCACACAUGCACCAAUGAGCUACCUGGAUUCACCUGUAGCUGUAGAACAGGCUUCACUCUGGACACUGACAAAAGAGGCUGUGUAGAUAUCAAUGAGUGUGAGAUUCCAACUGUAUGUGAGGAAAUCUGUGUCAACACUAAUGGCAGUUUUCAUUGCCUCUGUACCUCCAAUUCUACUUUGGGCGCUGAUGGUCGAAGUUGCAUACCCUGUCGAGAUGGAGAUGUUCGGCUGGUGAAUGGUUCUGUUCCAUCUGAGGGCAGAGUGGAGGUGUGCAGAAGUGGAGUGUUUGGUACCAUCUGUGAUGACUUUUGGGAUGAGCUUGAUGCCAGGGUCGUCUGUACACAACUCGGAUACUCUGCAUCAGGAUCCAUUGCUGUGUCUGGUGGUGGGUUUUCCCAAGGCAAUGAGUCUAUUUUUUUGGACGACCUUAAGUGCAGUGGAAAUGAGCAGACUCUGUUGAACUGUUCGUACAGUCAGACCCACAAUUGUGACCACUCUGAGGAUGCAGGAGUCAGGUGUCAAUCCAUGUGUAGUCAUGGUGAAGUGCGACUGGUGGUGGGAGAGAAUGUGGACUCUUUCUACGAGGGUCUCACUGACUACAAUGAUGCUUACUAUGACAAGGACGGAUUGAAGAGUGGCAGAGUGGAGGUGUGUGUCUCUGGGAGAUACGGCUCAGUAUGUCACAAUCCUUGGACAGAAAUGGACGCCUCUGUCAUCUGCAAGCAGUUAGGCUUCUCAGCAUAUGGUGCUGUUGGUGUGAGUGCGGACUUCUUCAAUGAAGGCAGUGGGCCAGUUCUUCUCAACUCUGUCCGCUGUGCUGGCAAUGAGACUGCCAUCUUGGACUGUCCUAGCAUUGAAGGAAGUGGCUUCCUUUGUCCAACUGUUGGGGUGUCUUGUCAGGCUUCAGGCACAGCAGCUGGUGACUGCUCUACUGGAGAUAUUCGUCUCAUCAACCGCACUGACACUUUAACAACCAGGGCAGGACGUCUGGAAGUGUGCAUCAAUAAUGCCUGGGGAACAGUCUGUAAUGACCGAUUUGACUCUCUUGACGCAACUGUGGCCUGUACUCAACUGGAAGGGUUUAAUUCAUCUGGGGCCCAAAGUACAUCCAUUCAGCAGUAUGGAAUCGGAUCAGGACCAAUAUAUCUCACUCAACUGAAUUGCAUUGGAACUGAAUCACGGGUAUUGAACUGUCCCACACACCAUCAUCAGCCCCCUAGCUUACUGUCUUGUCAACACUUCCAAGAUGUGGCGAUUACCUGUACAGACACUGAUGAGUGUGCUAGAGACAAUGGAGGAUGCAACCAGACUUGUACCAACUCAAUCGGGAGCUACCAGUGUGAUUGCCAGAGUGGCUAUCUGCUCAACCAAGAUGGGAGAAGCUGCAAUGACAUUGACGAGUGUUUGGCUGACUCUCAUACUUGUGAUCGGGAGAAUGGUGUGUGUACUAACACAGUAGGUAGCUUCGACUGCUCCUGUCGCAGUGGCUUUACCGGAGAUGGACUUAACUGCACACAUAUCUUGUGUGCACAAGUGGACGACAUUUGCCAUGCCAACGCUAUUUGUUCUGAUGACACGGAGACUGGUAUCAUUUGUAAGUGUAAGGAGGGCUAUGUUGGAGAUGGAAUGGUCAACUGCUCAAACAUUGACGAGUGUUCCAGUACCAUCCUAAACACCUGUCAUGAGAAUGCCACCUGCACUGACACCAUUGGCAGCUUCAACUGCUCCUGCAUACAGGGCUUCCAAGGAAAUGGCACUGACUGCACAGACGUCAAUGAGUGCAGUGAUGAUACACUGAACAAUUGCCACGGUGAUGGCAUCUGUGUGAAUGAGGUUGGGAACUUCUCCUGUGCAUGUAGGCCUGGCUACCGUGGUGAUGGUGUGAGCUGUGAAGAUAUCAACGAGUGUGGUGAAGAGACUGAUGACUGUAUCAACUCACCUUGCAACAACACAAGAGGAAGUUUUGUGUGUGGAGAAUGCUUCCCUGGAUUUACGGGAACCAACCAAUGCACCUGUAUGCAAGGAGGCGUUCAGCUGUUCAAUGGGACCAACAGGACACUGACCACUGAGCAUGGGUCUGGUCGUGUAGAAGUGUGCUACAACAACUCUUACUACACUGUGUGUGAUCAUCGCUGGGAUGUCCUGGAUGCCAGUGUGGUGUGCACACAGUUGGGGAGGAACUCGGCAGGGUCUGUGCCUGUGGGAGGAAGUUUUUUCAGUAGUGGUCCCUCCCCCAUUCUUCUAGACAACAUUCGCUGCUCUGGUAGCGAGUCAUCUCUUCUUGAGUGCAGCCACAACGGGUUCCAAGUGUUUAACUGUGACAGCAGUGAGAUUGCUGGAGUAUUCUGUGACAGCAAGUGCAUUGAAGGAGAUGUGAUGUUACUAGAAGCCGACGGUCUCUCAGACUACACUGAUCUGUCCAAUGAUCAAGAUGACCUGUUUAGGGGCAGAGUGGAGGUAUGCAUGGGAGGCAACUAUAGCACUGUGUGUAACGAUGGUCAAUGGGACAAUCAGGACGCCUCUGUGGUGUGUCGACAAUUGGGGCUCUCCCCAUAUGGGUCUGUUGUGGUGUCUGGUGGAUUGUUCUCAAGCACGGUCCUCUCUCCGGCCCUCUCUGGUGUGAGGUGUAAUGGCUCUGAGGAGCAGCUCCUCCAGUGUCCCCACAGCCCCUCUCCCCUCUGCACCACCCAGGAGGACGCAGCUAUCAUCUGUCAAAAGAGGAGCACUGUGAGAGGCGAAUGCAGUGAUGGAGCGAUUCGACUGGUGGGAGGCAACGUAAUCUCUGGGCGUCUGGAGCUCUGCAUCAACCGUGCCUGGGGCACUAUCUGUGAGGAGGGCUUCACUGCAGACGAUGCUCAAGUUGUUUGUAAUCAAACUGGACUGCCACAUAACGGAGUGAAUGUGUUUAGAGAUCAGCGAUUUGGAAUUGGAAGCGGCCCAAUAUUUCUUACCAGAGUCUCCUGUUCUGGAACUGAGACACAGUUAUUGGAUUGUGAAUAUCGAAGUGUGCAUUCCUGCACUCAUUCAAAUGACAUUUCUAUUGAAUGCAUAGACAUUGAUGAGUGUGCUGUCAACAAUGGUGGUUGCUCUCAGAUCUGUGUGAACGACCUCCCUGACCCGAGUGGUGUUUCCCCUGGUUACCACUGUGAGUGCCGUACUGGGGACACCCUCCAUCCCGACAACCAUACGUGCAUCCCCAACUCCCUCUGCUCCCUCAUUAAUGGGGACAUCUCUUGCUCCUGUCGCCUUGGCUACCUGGACACAACCGCUAACGGACUCAACUGCACAGACGUUGAUGAAUGCUUGAACUCAACUGCUUGUGGUGAGAACUUCAUAUGUACAAACACUGAUGGUGGUUUCAACUGUGAAUGCGCCCCUGACUAUCAUCUCAAUCAAAGCCGCUGUGUGUGUCGUGAUGGAGAGCUGCGACUGGUGGGUGGGACUAACAUGACUGAGGGUCGAGUAGAGCUGUGCCUCUCUGGAGGUUACACUACACUGUGUGAUGACUCUUGGGACAAGCAAGACGCUAGUGUGGCCUGUCGACAGCUUGGAUACUCCACUCAUGCUGUGGUAGCCUUCAGUGAUGCUCACUUUGGUGAGGGUGUGUCCAACAUCAGCCUGGGGGGUCUGGGGUGUACUGGCAAUGAGAGUCGACUAUUGGAUUGUUCCCACCAGAUAAGCCUAGUCUGUUCCCAUGCCGAGGAUGCUGGUGUGAGGUGUGGAGCUUUGUGCACGGAGGGUCAUGUGAGACUGGUAGCCAAUGAGGAGUUUGACAACAACGGACUGACUGACGGAAGAGUAGAGGUGUGUGUGGGCGGGCGAUAUGGAGCAGUAUGUGAUGACUUCUGGGACAGUCGAGACGCCUCUGUGGUGUGCAGGGAGAGGGGACUGUCCCCAUAUGGAGCCGUUGCUCUUACCAAUGAUAUUCAUUUCUCCGAUACUUCUGUUCCCUUACUCAUCACGGAUCUUGGUUGCAUUGGCAACGAGACAUCUAUUCUGGAUUGCAAUUUCAAUCAAAGACCAGACACUUCCUGUGGAGCAUUUGAGGAAGCAGGAAUUGUGUGUCAAUCUCCAUCCACUCUCCGUGGUGACUGUGCUGAGGGACAACUGAGACUAGCCAACUCCACUGACGAUAAUACCACUCAGUCCAGACACGGCCGAGUUGAGAUCUGUAUCAACAAUGCCUGGGGCACUGUCUGUGAUUCCAGCAAUACGUUUGGCCCCAACGAUGCCUUGGUAGCUUGUGCUCAACUGACUGGGUUCCAGAGAGCUGGGGCAGGAGUGGUGACUCCCAACCUCCCCCCGGCCUCUGGUCCGGUCUUCCUGGACAGACUACUGUGUCAGGGCACCGAGAGCUCUCUAUUAAACUGUCCCAGCGUGCAACUGGGUGUGGUCACAUGUACCCACUCACAAGACGUUGCAGUCAGAUGCACAGAUAUCGAUGAGUGUGCCACUAACACCUCGUGCUGUGAACACAACUGCUCUAACACUAUUGGCAGCUUUGACUGCAGUUGUUACGAUGGCUACCAACUCGACAGUAACGGGUGUACUUGCUUAGACAUCAAUGAAUGUGCCAUGAGCAAUGGAGGCUGUGAGCAGAACUGUAAUAACACUGAGGGCAGUUUCCACUGUUUCUGUGAUUCUGGGUUCACUAUAGAUCGAAACCAGAGCAGCUGCAACGAUGUGGAUGAGUGCUUGGAUAGGAAUGGCGGCUGUAACCAAGGUUGCAACAACACUGAGGGUAGCUUCUACUGCUUCUGUAAUGAAGGGUACACACUUCAUGUCAAUGGCUUCCUCUGUGAGGACAUCAAUGAGUGCCUAACUGACAAUGGAAAAUGUGAACACACCUGUAUCAACACUGAGGGCAACGUUAACUGCUCUUGUAACACUGGCUAUGAACUGGACAGCAAUGGAUUCAACUGUUCAGAUAUUGAUGAGUGUGUUCGUAAUGAGUCUGAGUGUCUGUCCAACUCCGAAUGUAUGAAUACAAAGGGUAAUUACACUUGCCCCUGUAAUAAUGGCUUUACUGGAGACGGCUUCACUGGCUGUGAAAACAUCAAUGAGUGUGAAAACGGUACUCACAACUGUGACCGCAAUGCCCUCUGUACUGACAAUGUUGGGAGCUUUGCCUGCACUUGUGUGUUUGGCUACACUGGGACAGGAGAGCAAUGCGACUGCACUGAUGGACAGGUCCGGCUAAUGAAUGGAAGUGAGCCCAGUGAGAGUCAGAGAAUGGGAAGAGUUGAGAUCUGCUACAACAACACCUAUGGCAGUGUGUGUGAUGACUUCUUCAAUAAGAAUGCUGCAGCCAUUGUCUGCAAUGGAACCGGCUCUCCAGUUCGUGGUAGUGACAGUACAUUUGGUGCUGGUUCUGGUCCCAUCACUCUGGACAAUGUGGUGUGUGCUGGCACUGAAGACAACCUCUUGAGCUGCUCCCAUAACCAGAUAUUCCAGCACAACUGUGACCACUCUGAAGAUGUGGCUGUCAUCUGUCAUGUGCCGUGUAUCGAGGGGAGUGUCAAGCUACUUAACCCAACAGCAUUUGUGAGACCUCUCCAAUCCUACAACUUCAUCAAGGACCAAUUGUCUCGAGGCGUUAUUGCUGUGUGUGUCAACGGACAGUACUCCACUCUCUGUGACGACAGAUCAUUCAAGUCUCUCGAUGCUUCUGUAGUCUGCAGUCAGCUGGGAUUUUCAUCUUUUGGUGCUGUGGCUGUGUCUGAGUUUUUCUCUGACGAUACUCUCACUGGAAUCCAACCUAAUGUAUCUUGUAACGGCACAGAGAGCAAACUAACAGGCUGCGGACUCACCAUUAAGGGCAGUUGCUCAUUGUCUAAUGGUGAUGUAGGCGUUGUGUGUGCCCCUCUCUCCACUGUGAGGGGUGUGAGGUGUGAGGACGGCGAUGUGAGAGUAGUAGGUGGGGAUACCCUCCUCGAGGGGAGGGUGGAAGUGUGUUUAAAUCGUGCGUGGGGCACUGUCUGCAGUAGAGGUUUUACUGAGGACGAGGCUCACACUGUCUGCACUCAACUAGGACUCCCAUUCAAUGGUACUGCUGUAUUUCCAGACUCCUCUCAGUUUGGGGAAGGGUCUGAUCCGAUAUUCUUGGAGGGACUGACUUGUUCUAGUGAGAGCUCCAACCUUCUGCAGUGUGCAAACAACCCUAUUGGUGUCCACAGGUGCACACACUCUCAAGACACGGGGGUCAGGUGCCUCGACUACAAUGAGUGUGCUGUUGCCAAUGGAAACUGCUCCCAGAUCUGUGAGAACCUAGUCCCUGGUCACAGGUGCCUCUGUGAGAAUGGUUACCUUCUGGCUGAGGACAACAGGACCUGUACUGACAUUGAUGAGUGUAAGGACUCUCCCUGUCAUUCCAACGCCACCUGCACCAACACUCCUGGUGCCUUCCAAUGUAGCUGUGACAACAACUUUGCAGGUAAUGGGACCUCUUGUACCCUCGUCUGUGUGAACGGCUUCCAACUAGAGGGACAGAUCUGCGUGUGCAAUGAUGGAGAUCUGCAGCUAAUAAACGAGAGAGGGAAUAAUGAGGGACGUGUGGAGGUGUGCUUCAACAACACAUAUGGCACCGUGUGUGGAGAUUUCUGGGAUGAGUUGGAUGCUACUGUAGUCUGUCGAAACCUUGGAUUCGCCACCAAUGGCUCUCUUCCGGUAACCGACUUGAGGUUUGGUGGUGGGGAGGGUGAAGUCUUCCUCAGUAAUGUCCAUUGUCGAGGAACUGAAAAGAAACUAGUAGAAUGCCCUAGCAGCCCAACCAAUUGUAGCCACACCCAGGACGUUGGAGUCAGGUGUCAAGCAAUGUGCACAGAGGGUGAGGUACGAUUGUGUAUUGGGGAGGGAUGUGCUGUUAUGGAGACCCAGGACUUCCUCAUUGACAACAAACUGAGUGUGGGGCGUGUGGAAGUGUGUCUGAAUGGACGAUUUGGGACAAUCUGUAGAGAUUCUUGGGAUAAUCCUGAUGCAUCAGUCCUCUGCUCAGAAUUGGGCUUCUCUCGCUAUGGUGCCAUUGCUCUGUCCGAUGCUCAGUUCUCUGAGGGACUCAAGCCAACCAGCUACAACGAGAUCAGCUGCCAUGGAAAUGAGAGUAAACUGUCAGAAUGUGCUUUUGUGGGACCAUCUGGAGCUCAGAGCUGCGGUCGGUUUGAAGACGCAGAGACUGUUUGUCAGAAUCCAGCAACAACUGUGGCUGGCAACUGCUCCACUGGUAAUGUGCGUCUUAUUGGACCCACAAACCAAACAACUGGCACAGCCGAGGGACGAGUGGAAGUGUGCAUCAACAAUGCCUGGGGCACCGUAUGUAGGACCAGCUUCACCCCCCAGGAUGUCGGUACCAUUUGUGUGAACCUGGGAGGAUUCCGCAGAAGUGCCUCUCUUGCUAUACCGACGGUGUCUGCUGGAUCUGGCCCCAUCUUUCUGGACCAGCUAGCUUGCUCUGAGUCAAGUAAAAGUGUGCUGGAGUGCAACAGGUUUUUCUCUCCCACUGGUCUCCACGGCUGUGACCACUCCAUGGACGUCAGUGUGCGCUGUACAGACAUUGAUGAGUGUGCUAACAGCAAUGGUGAAUGCAAUCAGAACUGUACAAAUACCAUUGGUAGUUUCUACUGCUCAUGUGGAGAAGGAUAUCGCCUUGGCAACCUUGGCUUCACCUGUGAUGACAUUGACGAGUGUGAAGAGGAGAGUGACGACUGUCCUCAAAUCUGCAGCAACACUAUCGGCAGCUACACCUGUGGCUGUAACCUUGGUUAUCAGCUAGCCACUGACCAACGGAGCUGCUCAGACAUCGACGAGUGUACUAUGAACAAUGGAGGCUGUGAGCAGAAUUGUAACAACACUGAAGGCAGUUUCAACUGUUUCUGUGACUCAGGGUACAUUGUAGACAGCAAUGGAUUCAACUGCAGCGACAAUAACGAAUGUUCUGUUAAUAACGGAGACUGUGAACACAUCUGUACCAACACUAAGGGCAACUUUAGCUGCUCCUGUAACACUGGCUAUAGUUUGGAUGAUAACGAACGUAACUGCACGGACAUUGACGAGUGUGGUAGAGACCCACCUCCAUGUCAUGUGGAUGCUAACUGUACUAACACCGAGGGCACCUUUACUUGUACUUGUAACACUGGCUUCACUGGGGGUGGACUGCAGAACUGUAUUGAUAUUAAUGAGUGCGUAGAAGCCAUCGAUGACUGUGACGACAAAAGAGCAGCCUGCACCAACACUAGAGGCUCCUACAACUGCUCCUGUAACCAUGGAUACAUUGGAAGUGGAUUUACGUCUCAAUGCACCUGUACGGAGGGUGCCAUACUGCUCAUGAAUAGAGUGUCUAUAUCACCAAGGGAGGGCAGAGUAGAGGUGUGUUCUGACAAUGAAUACAGGAGUGUCUGCAACUUGUUCUUUGAUGAGCUGGAGGCUCAAGUCGUCUGUCAUCAGCUGGGAUUCUCCUCUCCUGCCACCACUUCAUUUCCGGUGCGAGAUGGUCGGUAUGGACUGGGGACAGGGCCCAUGAUUCAGAACAGCUACAUGUGUGAUGGAACAGAGCAGUGGUUCUUUAACUGCACAACAAGGUCCUCUGUGACCUGCACCAACGGUCACACUCAGGAUGCAGCUGUCAGAUGUGGAGCGGUGUGUGAGGAGGGUGAUGUGCGACUGAUGGUGGGCUCAAAGAGCUUGAUUGCCUAUGUGAAUGACACUCGACGUCAGGGUUGGGUGGAGAUGUGUGUGGAGGGACAGUAUCGAAGAGUGUGUGAUAAAAACUGGAACAAUGAAGAGGCUUCAGUUGUCUGUGGAGAAAUUGGACUGUCUAGAUAUGGAGCCAUCGGUUUGCCGGGAGACCGGUUCAGUGGAGGACAGUCAGCAGCUUUGAAUAGUGUGUCCUGUAAAGGCACUGAAAAUGAACUCAGAAAUUGUGCUUUUGAUAGAACUAGCUUUGACCACAGAUGUGAAAUCGCUUCAGUUGUCUGUCAAGACCCCAGCACCACUACAAACGCAAACUGUUCUGAUAACAAUGUACGACUUGUCAACGACAGCCGCUCUGAUCUUCUGGACGGGAGAGUGGAGGUGUGCAUCAACCGUGCCUGGGGCACUGUUUGCUCUGAGGGGUUUAAUGAUGAAGAUGCUCAAGUUGUGUGUGGGAGUUUUACAGGAUCUGAUUCGGGUGGCUCCAUCUCCUUCACGUCCGUGUCCAUGUCUGACUACACAGCUGGCAGUGGACCAAUCUUCUUCCGUGCUCUGGGCUGUACUGGAGUAGAGGCGAAUCUGAUAGACUGCCCUGGGUCUCUCGGGAUCCACACCUGCACACAUUCUCAAGAUGUGGCUGUCAUCUGCCCAGAUGAGAAUGAGUGUCUUAAAGAGAGGCAUUGUGGAGGUAACAGUACUUGCAUCAACACUCCUGGAUCCUUUAACUGUGUCUGUCGUGAUGGAUUCCAGGGAGACCCAUUCACCAUGUGCACAGACAUUGAUGAGUGCUCAAUAAACAAUGGAGGAUGCUCUAACGAUUGUGAAAAUACUGUCAGCUCAUUCUCUUGCACCUGUCCAACUGGUUACCAGCUAGACGGUGAUAGACGCACUUGUAUCGAUGUGAAUGAAUGUGAACAAGAUCCUGAUCCAUGUGCCGUUGAUGUAAAAAGAGUUUGUGUUAACAACAAUGGCAGCUACACUUGCAAUUGUAUACCUGGACACCUUGAAAAUGCAACAAACAGUGUAUGCGAAGACAUUAACGAGUGCUCUACAAACAAAGGAGGCUGUUCACACACUUGCUUAAACACUGUCGGUGCAUUCUCUUGUCAAUGCCCAGUCGGUUUACAGCUGAACCAAGGGAAACGAAAUUGUACUGAUAUCAAUGAAUGUUUGUCUCCUCACUCGACACUGACCAACUGUGACAGUGAGGAUAGAGCAAGUUGUACCAAUACUCUCGGCAGCUACCAGUGCUCCUGUCUGUCAGGCUACACUGGUAACGGUGCUAACUGCACUGACGUGGAUGAGUGUGCUCUGGGUAAUGACAACUGUGCUGAUCAGGCUCUGUGUGAGAACACUGUGGGCAGCUUCAGUUGUCAGUGCUCUCCUGGCUUCAAUGGAGAUGGGAGGACCUGCAAGUGUACUGAUGGCACAGUAAGGCUGGCCAAGGGCAAUUCAACUCAGUACGUAGCAAUAUCACUGGAGGAUUCCUCUGUCUGUUUAUACAAGAACAAAAAAAAGAACUGUUCCCAGUCUUGGGAGACUCUCGAGGGAAGAGUGGAGGUGUGUAAGCAAAACAAGUUUGGGACUGUCUGUGAUGAUCGCUUUGAUGUUUUGGAAGCAAGGGUGGUCUGUACACAGCUCGGAUACAGCUCAAGCACGAGUGUGGUUCCCAUAAAGCGCUCUCCACGACUCUACGGGGCUGCUCCCGUUAAUACACCCUUUCUGCUUGAUAACUUACGGUGCUCUGGAAAUGAGCGCUCUCUACUCGAGUGUCAACGUUUCACAAACUCUCAUAUAUGCCAACACUCGGAGGAUGCUGGUGUGCAAUGUGGAGCUAUAUGUAUGAAUGAGAGUGUGCGUAUCAUUGCUGGUGAUGGAGACGACUUCUACAACGGGCUAAACCCACCUCUUGAUUCCUCUUUUUACAUUGAAGAGGAAUUGGCAGCUGGUCGACUAGAGAUUUGUGAAGAGGGAGUGUGGAGACCAGUCUGCAUUGAUGUCUUUGACUAUGCCGAUGCUUCAGUGGCUUGUGCUCAGCUGGGAUUCUCCAGAGCAGGUGCCAUCAACGGAGAGGACAAUCAGUUCCAGGGGCAGACUGAUAGACUGUACCAGAAGAACAUCACGUGUGUGGGCAGUGAGAAUAGCCUGGUUGAUUGUGCUGUGUCUGACCAGCUUUUGGCUGACUGCAGCAACACUUUGAGUAAUGCCUACAUAUCCUGUCAAGAUCUAAACACUGUUUCUUCAAACUGCACAAACUGGGAGGUGAGACUAGAGAAUGGCACCAACGUGAGAGAGGGUCGGCUGGAGGUGUGUCUCAACAAUGCCUGGGGCACUGUCUGUGACAACGGUUUCAGUGAUACAGACGCCACAAUCGUCUGUGGCCAGUUGGGAUUCGAUAGAGAGGGUGCAAGGGCUCAGUCUCAGUCAGACCUGGAUAUCUACCCUGGGACUGGACCCAUCUUCCUGACUGACCUACUCUGUGAUGCUCGUGACAACACACUAUUUGACUGUCUGUUAAACGGAGGCUCCACCACUCUCAACACACUUGGACUCACCAGAUGUGAUCAUGACCAAGACAUUGGUGUGGAGUGUAAUGCCACAUGCAAGAAUGAUACCUCGACAACCACACGUGGGGCCUACAAUUGGAUGAGGAUAUUUGCCGAGGAGAGCGACUCUUUGUCAUGUGUCUAUGGAGCAGUGGACAGAGACAAUCAAACACUGGUCAAUCGUGGCAUGGCUCUCAGAUAUUGCAAUGAGUAUGGCAAUUGGGAAAAGGUGGACUUGAGAGACUGUCUCACUUUCACCAAAUCUAGACUUCUAAACAUUACUGGGAGUCGUGUAACAGACGAUAACUUGGAGUCUGUCACUGUGAGGUUGAUGGAAGCAGUCACCAUGGCAACCACUGAAGAGGACCAAAGUUCCGAUAUUCUUGAAAGGAUUGCGAAUCUUGUUUCUGAAAUAGGGCGCUGCACUUCGGAGAACAGGUGCUCAGCAGAGCCAGCAGAGAUUAACAACUUAGUGAUGACUUUGGAGAUAAUGCAAAACUGGAGACAUGACACUCUCAGAAAGUUCUCAGCAAGGAUUGCCCUGGAUUUGGAGAGAGUAAUAUCAGACUACACAAGAGAGCUGAAAAUACCGGAGGGAACUACAAAUGUUACAACUAUUUUCACUUCUAAAUCCAUCACCUUCUUGGGAUUUAAAGAGGAACAGAUUAAACUAGAGAAUAAAGGACUCACAUUCUCUUCAUCUGGAGGUUCCUUAGCGACUGAUGAAGCUGGAACUGUGUACAGCAACGCUUUGGCUGUCCCUGCGGGUCUCCUAUCAAUCACCUUGCCUCAAGACCUUUUCCAAAACCUUUUCCAAAACCUGACGGCAGCUGAUAACAUCAGUGUUCUCUUCAACACAUACGACUCUUCCGCUCUCUUCCCGAUAUCCAAUGAGACUCAGUAUAGACUCUCCAACAUCACUGAUCCAAAAGUAGUUGGUCGGUUUCAAGUGGCCUCCUCCCUAGUUUCAGCCACUGUGGUUGGCUACGAUGUUCGUAAUCUACCAAACAACACCAAGGUCACCAUCAUCCUGAAACUUCAGUCGAAUGAGUCCCAAGUACCUCUGUGUGUCUACUGGGACAAGAGUGCUCAAGGUGGUCAGGGUGAUUGGAGCACGGAGGGAUGUGAGAGAGUUGGUGACAAGUUUCUGGACAGGGUAAUCUGUCAAUGUGACCACCUCAGCACAUUUGGAGUGUUUGUGAAUAUUGAUCCUCUACCAUGCGACACUGGCUUUUUGAGCAACCCCAGUGCCACAGAAUGCAUUCCUAUUCGCCCUGAGGUGUCCAUAGAGUACACUGAGACAGACCCUCUUAUUGUCACAAGCCACCCUGACAAUAAUUACGAAGUGGAGGUGGGCCAUGACUUCCAAGUUACCUGUAUCUCCACCGGAAACUUCAGUGGAGAGGUCACCUGGUACAAUAAAAAUACUGGUGCAAAAGUUGUUGAGCUAAAUGCCACGGUUCCAGAACAGGUGAUAGUGUCAUCAGGAGUUGGGGAUAGUUCCAUUUCCCCUGAGUCCACUUCCCCUCCCCCUGUGAUUGAGGAGAAGCCCGGCCAACUGUACGCCUAUCGUCUCAGUCGCAGUGAGGUCACUUUGGGCACUCGGAGGAGGGACGUCCUCAGAGCCAGUGUCGGUGCUGAACGGAUUGCCAUGGGAACGUAUGUCUGCGUGGCCAGUAAUGCUGUCAUCAACAACACAGCAAUGAUCACUCUUCAAGUCAAAGAUGUUCCUGUGACAGCCCCCCAAACAACUCGCUAUAUUCGGUUCUCCAUUCUGCCCUAUGAGAUGGCCUACAGUAAGCUCAAUGUGCGCAGUGAGAGUCUAGUGAGCGCUGUGCUGAGCAAGGCAGUACUGGAUGCUCUCAACAGCUCCAUCAUCAACACUGUGCAUGACAACUUUUUCUCUGCUACCCAACUCAGAACAACAUGCAACCCUGUAUCAAGUCGCCCUGAGGACACUGCCGACAAGAUGAUUCGUGUGGAGUGCCUAAUAGUGAAUGUACCUCAGCUCUCCGCGGACACACUCUUGGAAUACUUACAAGACAGCUCUUUCAGUAGCAGGCUGCAGAACAACCUGCAAUUAGGCCCAGUGCAACUGAACAUAUCAAGGAGUGGUUUCUGUAACAAUGAGGUGAUAGACACACCCGACCGUCGUGGAGAGUACUUGUGGAGUGAGACUCAGGUUGGAAGUGCCAUUCAAAGAAGUUGCUUCUACAACAAUGCCUCCACUGGAAGUAGACUGUGUUUGAGUCACCUCCGCUGGGAGAACGCUAACCUCAAGAAUUGCAUCACCAGUGAUACACUCGAGCUGCAACUGCUAGCUAAGAGUAUUGUAAAACAAUCUGUGACUGCUGUCAAUGCUGAGGAAGUAGUUAGCCAGGUUACAAGUAUCGUGUCCAAUUUGGAUGAAUCAGAUGAACAGUCAAAAGCCAACCUCGACCUCAUUGUGAACGUGUACGACAACAUUGUAGGCAACCUGAUCGAAACAAACAACUUCUCUGUAUCAACCAAUUUUACUCAGAACAUAAUAUCUGUGGUGAACGAUGUGUCAGACUGGCCUGAAAGUGUUGUGAAACAGAGGUCAUCCUCCCUUGUGAAUUCAUUUGAAGCCGUAGCUGGUAACUUGGCCAAUCAAGACAGGAAUGUUAUGUACCAAGCAGUUGAAGAAACAGUAUCCCUUCAAGUACUGAGAGAGAACCAGACGAAACUACUAGAGAAAGGGAAAACGUUCAUUACUCCUAAAAGCAUUCUUGAUAGGCUGGAUUUGUCCAACUCGACAGUGGAGUUAGUCAACCUCUCCAUCUCUCUCCCUCCUCAAGUGUUUAACAUCUCCACAGACAACACUGUAGCCGGACUCAUCUUCACCUCUUACAGAGAUACAACACUCUUCCAACUGACCCCUCCUGUCUCUGCCAACACCAGUGACUACAACUACACAGCUGACUCUGUGGUACUUGGGUUUGCUGUGGCCGACACUGACGUGAGGAACUUGACAGAUCCUGUCAACAUUACUCUCCAAUCUCAACGAGCACUGCAAGGACUCAACUGGUCAGAGCCCAUCUGUGUCUCCUGGGUCUUCAACAGUAUAGGAGAUGGUGGAGGCAACUGGUCCACAAAAGGUUGUGAAUUGGUCAGCUAUAGCGGCAGUACUGGAGAGGUCGAGUGCAAGUGCAGUCAUCUGACCAAUUUUGCCAUCCUAGUUAAUGUGAAUGCACCACCCAUCUCGGAUGAUGUUAGAGUUGCUCUUGAAACUCUGAGCAUCGUUGGCAGUGUGUUGUCCAUCAUUGGGCUAAUCAUCACCAUAUUCACUAUGCUCUACUUCAAGAAAGUAAGAGUGAAAGAUGCUUCCAAAUUCCACCUUCAGUUGUGUGUUGCUAUUCUGUGCAUGUUGCUGUCCUUCCUGAUUGGUGUGAAUCGCACGGAGGUGCCCGAGCUCUGUACCUUUUUCUCAGUAGUAAUCCUCUAUUUCACUCAUGCCUCUGUGUUCUGGAUGGGGGCUGAGGCUCUGCUCAUGGGUAAGAAGCUCAUCUUUGACAUCUUUGGCAGAGUCUCCAUGAUCAAGUUCACCGUCUUCAUGUCAUUCAUAGCUUGGGGUGUUCCCCUCAUUUUCCCUGUGAUUGGUCUGAGCACUUUGGCCACUGAAGAGAACUACCUCGUUUUAAUUGGAGAGGAUGCAGUGGAACGCAACGUCUCUGGAUACUGCUUCAUCAGGGACAUCAGACUCCUCUAUGGGAUAUUUCUGGCUCCGAUUGUUUUUGUGCUGUUAUUCAACACCCUCAUGUUCAUCAUUAUUACCCGAGUGUUAAUCAAACACAGCAAAAAGAAGUUGGUUAACUUGAAGAAUGAAAAAGAUAAAGAGCAGAAAAAACGUGCUAAAGGAAUUUUUAAGACUCUACUCAGUAUUGUGAGUGUUAUGAUAAUGUUUGGUCUCUCGUGGUUCUUUGGAGCGUUGAGUAUUGGUGAGGGUGCAAUCGUGUUCCAGUGGCUAUUUGUCAUCUUCAACACCACUCAAGGAUUCAUGUUGUUCCUGUUCUUCUGUGUGAUUGGGAGUGACGUUCGCGAUGAGUGGAAGAACCUACUCACAUGCAACAAAUACAGGAAGAAGAAAUCACUCACUGCACCACUGUCAUCAAUGUCGGGUAACUCGCAUUCAAAUUACAAAAGACCCCAAGGAAAGAAAAAGCUUGCAAUUGACUCUGAAUCGGGUGACACUGAACUCAGUAGCUAUGGACAAAGUUAUGGACGAUCCACCAGCACAAUUAGACGCUCUGUCGAAAAAACACUUGAAAAUGAAAAAGACUAUGGACGUAAAGUAUCGUUCGAGCUGUCACCUGUUUUCGAACCCACGGACCACAUUGAUGAAGAUGAAGUCGAAAACUCAUUCAUUAUUGAAAAUGGUAAUGCUGAUAGUAAUCCAAAUACUGAAAAGCCAAAGAAACCCAGACAACUACCACCUCAUGUUUACAUCAAACUAAAGCGACCAACUUACAAAGUAGAGAAAAUAACGUAUGAUGAUGAAGACGGGCUACGAGAAAAAGUCAACUUCUCUUCAAAAAGCUACGAUCUUAAUGUAGAGACACCCUCACAAGAAACAAAUGACAUUGUCUUUUCUAACAACAGCACGAUAACGAGAGACCUCAAGCCAGUUUCCCAGACAUUCCUCCUCGAUUCUAUUACAUUGUCAAAUGAGUCAGCAACAUUCAGCCAAAAGCAAGUUCAGCCAGUGGAACAAAAUGAAGACGCUGAACACUCAACCUUCAUGUGAGACUGACCGUUACUUUUAUCAUAAUGUAUAGCUAAUUAAUUAAUGUGAACAACUAAUAAAGUAUACUUUUAUUAACUGCUAUUGCUGAAUACUAUAGAUGUAUAUACUAUAAUUAUUAUUAUGCUGAUAUUCAUUAUUUUUAAGCUGCUAUUAUAAUAAUAAUGGUGAAAUUUCACUUUUCUUUGAUUUGCUAA